AUGUUCUUUCGUGAUGAGCUUGACUCUGAGGUGAUUUUGCCCUAGGGUGUUCGUAUCGACUAUUCAAGAGGGUUGAUUUGAAUUACCCCGUUUCCUCCGGCGUCGUAGAUACUAGGUCAUACGUCAAAUUUAUUAAGUUUCCAAAAUAAAAUUCUGUUUGAUCUUUGAUUGUGAACAAAUACUUAAGGCAUCAGUGGGUUUCCUGUAUGAAGUAUUCUUUGGUUAACCUCUUUUCAAAUGACAACCGACGUCCUCCGUCUACAUGAUAAUUGAUGUUGGAGAAGACACUCAAGCAUGUUUCUUGGCAAGGCGCUCAAAAGGACGUCUUUUCCUCUAGUUAUGACGUCACAACUUUAAGCCAUGUUAUAAUGACGUAUGUCAAACUGCCGAAUCACCAAAUAUUCACCAGUUAAUUGUUGCUUGUGCUGAAAAUCCGCCUCCAGCGAGACAUCGUACCAAGAGUUCAAACUAUCCGUUGUUCGUUAAUUGUAACCAUCAGCAUACCUACAUAUUAAAAUAAGGGGCUGAAAUGCGGUUUUUUGCUGAAUUCCAGGACAAAAAAUUAGGUGUAACAAGUGAAUGUUGAUGUUAAUUUAAUUUAUUUUAAAUUUAUGACCCCCGGUAUCUUGAAAACGUGUAUUACCAUACAUGCUGAACGUCAAGUUGUAUCCGCAUCCAGAAAGGUAUCUCAGCUUGCGCCGGAAUACGAAAGAGAUAUAUGCAGCGGUUUUGAAAAUUUGCAACUAUGGGUUAUGUGGAGAUCAUGAAGUAUCCAUUUAAGUAGCAUCGUGUCUGACCGUUUAAUAUGACUGCUUACGAACGGCGCAACAACGUCUAUAUUUUGUAUAAUAUUAUGUGGGGAAACUAAGGUACUUUCUCUAUGGCUUAGAGGAAUAAAGGAUUUUUCUUACCUGGCAUGUGCACAGCACAAAGACCCAGAAUCCUUAACGCUAAUGUGACGGCACGUCAGGUUCAAAUUUAUUCUGGAGUUUAUACAUUUCUUCGAAACUGAUACAUAGCCUUUCUAAUAGCGUAGUGUGUAGCGAUGUGGCUUUCUAACACAUAUGUAGAGGAAAGUUAAUUUUCAAGCAUUCAUUAAGUAAAAUACGUUUGAAUUCAUAUGAAAAUUGAAGCUAGAUGUCAGCAGUAUAUGCUUAUUAGGUAUUCCGUCUUCCCGUCUGCGUUGUAUAAGGUUUGCCGAGAAAUGUGCAUCCAAUAGUCGGCACUCUGCUGUGCUGAAAUUUCUUGAAAAUCAGCCGCACGAUGACUAGCUAGUCUUUCAACUCGAAAGCGUAUUCCAAAAACUUUUAUUUCUACAGCAUGAGAUAAAUCAAUGAAUGUGAAUGGAUGCACACUUUCUUCACUGCCUAUAUUUUCAGUCACUAUGUGAUUGCCGUCAGGGUUCUGGAUUGAGUUCGGAGGCCCAAAGGAACCUGCACAUCAUGUAGCCUGAUUAGCUUUCUCGCCGACAAUCAGGUUCUUAAUGAUCGUCAGUUUGCCAUCGAUAUUGGUGGUUUGUGCGAACAUUACUCAUUCCUAAAGCCUAACCUUCCUGGUGUCGUGAGCACUUCUCACGCACAAGCCCCGGUAGUGUCGAAUAAAUCCACUCUGGCCAAUUCUAACCACGAAUACGUCCGCAGGCGGUCGUUUCAUUUAUUACCGAUCUGAGGACUCCAGAGGAUCAUAGUUUGUGCAGAUCGCAACUGAUGCCCUUGUCAGUUUUCAUGAGGAUUUUGACCUUAAUAAGGCCAAAGUUGUAAUCUUAUCUGGCCGACUGAGCUGCGAUCUAAGUAUCUACGCAAAUUCCGAGCCAGAAAAAACUCCCUUCCGUCAUUAGACACCACACUUUUCUCUUCUACACAAGCAGGAAUUUAAUAAUUUAGGAGGAUGUUAAAUACUGGGUUGCGAAUCCUGAAACGCUCUUUGCAGGUCUUUGAGUUUGCCUAUCCGUCUCAACGGCUUUGACUGUAUACUUUGUCGUUAAAAUUAAUGGAUGUUCAAACCUUUGGAGCAGAGACUGCGAGUAAAGCCUUUUUCUAAUUUAGUCGUUAUAGUUUUUUUGAAUCUGGUAGUCGUUUUGACUGAGCUGCUCCAGUCUAUUUACACAAGUAUGGAAAGGUUUUGUCGCUCCUCUUGCUAUACAUUCAUUUCUACAGAUGGAACAGACAACGGCAUGGGCGCACUGUUUUGUAUUUCUGAAUUUUGGGUAUGUUUUGGAGAUCUUAUCGCUGUAGGUUUGAUUAAGUAUUGCAGUUUUAUGACAACAUACUGUUGUUAAAGUUAGGAAGAGGCGUUGGUUUAAUUCAGGACUUUAAGGGAACAAUAUACUAACGCUCCAUUCGUAACUAUAUCUAAGAACUCCGGUUUUCAUGUAUGAAUCCAGCUGAGGUAAAAGUCAAGAGUUUUGCCGGCUGAGAUAAAAAUUACUUUUAAUGGUAUAUAACAGUACGAUUGUCUGUUGAACCGACGCCGAAAUUUUGCCCUGCCUAUUUUCCUACAUUUCCUAAAGAAUUGUUAGAUUUCAAACUACAUAUGCAUAUGUGUAUACGAAAAAGCGACGACGCAGAUGAGCGUAGAAUGUUAUAGCUCUCUCCCUCUCUCAGCUUUAUUCACACUUCACUCGCCGGUAAACCAUCUGGGACCGACAGUUCGAAGGUCGUGUCCGUCGAUGUCUACCGUGUGCCCCGCACGAUGCUGAAACAGGCACGGCGACUUGCGAGUGAAGUAUUAUAUAAUGAGGUUGGACUUGCGUUACAUCUACCGCACUCGCACUUCCUCACUUGGAACCGGUGUCAAGAAGACCGGAGGUGAGGCAGGCCGUGGGUAGAUAGCGCGGCCGGACCCGCGACUAGGCGGGUCCAUAACAAGCACCCGACCAGAAUUUUCUACCGACAACAACAGCACUACAACUGAUUAGAAAGACGACGAGGAUGACUAGGCAAUCAUGAGCACGAACUGCGUAGCCGGCGGGAAUGCAAGAGCAUCUAUCCGCAGGAACUGCGAGGCAUAUCAGAUGCUUGCACUCCUCGAGGUCCAUUCAGCUGGGAUUACAAACACACAAACAUGGCACUCACCCAAAAAAACUAACCCAGAACGACGUUUAUCAGAUUAGUUCUUAACAUUACGUCCGUCUAAAGCGUACUAGUGCACUAUCGCAAAGCAUUAUCUGUCGAUGCGUGUUGAGUUUUUAUCCACACAGCAGUUAAAAAGCAAUUUUAAUCGAUUAGCGUAACUGAGUGUUUGUCAGAGUAGAAUAAAAUUAAAACGUUUUAAAUUGGUCUUCACUUUGUAACUCAGGAGAUGUCCUCAAGUCAAGUGUUAUUCUCAAAAGACGCAAGGGGGGAGGAAACUGCAUCCCGAGCUUUUUAUUUUCCUUCGUCGCAGUUUUUUCAGUGAAUACAUCUGCGCAUUUAAAAGCGCACAGGCCGAAACAAUAGCAGGCUGAAAUGCGCAAUUCAAUUUCUCGAGAUAAAACCAACUUUGGCCUUUAUUUUAGUUGGACACCCCAUAAACAACCUAGUAAUUCGCUGAUAAGACAUAGAUGGGAAAUGCAAGCAUCUAUUUUGCAGUGGAACCUGAUCUGUUAUUCGAAAGCGUGUACGUCUACGUGAGAUCGAGCCCUUCCGAAGUGAGGGCCAUUGGAAUGCUUAUUUCCGGUUUGUUAAACAGCAUCAACCAUUAAUAUCUUACCGCAAAUUUUGGCCAUCUAGGUUUUGAACUCGCCACGUUUUGCUUAUUUGUUAUAACGCUUUCCGUCGAGCUACGGUCGCACAUUGACUAUUGAUUCCGAACCGGUAUAUAAAUUAUCGUAUGAAGAGCAUUUGCCGAGCACCAAUGCUAAACUCGACGAGCGGAUCAAGCAACCCAUUCAGUUUGCACUUUUCCAAUGAUGAGCUAUUGCCUAUGACUUUAGUGCUCACACAGCCACCGAUGGGACGCACAUUGUAGUCUCGUUUAAUUUGGGGUCAGUACUCUUUAAUGUUUGGUACUUGGGUAAAAUUAAUUGCAAAUUUGUUUACUGACUUACCGUGAGUGACCAAUCCUAUGAAAUGUUGAUACACAUUUUGAAAUGCGUUUCGGAUUAGGGAAGGAUUGCUUAAACGCGUUUCAAAUAUUCAUUGUAUUACGCCAUAAUCCUAUAAUAUUUCGGACUUGGUAGGAUGUUGGCUUUUGAAUGCACUGUUUUUAAAUCUCCUGUAAAAACCGUAAUCGGUAAAAAUGACCACUUAUGUAGCAUGCAUUUUUCACACUGAUUUUCGAUGGUCUCGCAAAUUUAAGUAUACUUUACCGAAAGUACGAACAAAAAGAUCCUUUCUUUCAGUCUUGUGAUAGUGAAUCACAUAAUCUUUAUAAUUUAUACUCGAAGAAGGCGUAUUACUAGGUUUUAAAACAGUUUUCUAAUCCCUGGGAAAUUUGAAACCUAAUCAGCCUUUGCAUUAGUGCCUACUGAAUCCAGUCUACAAGGUGCACUCGUUCCGCGUUAAGAAAAUCACACAUUAAUCUAUGACUUCAAAAAAACACCAUAUAGAGUCCAUAAAAUUUUGCAAUCGAUGCCGCCCAUUUUGUACAUUUCACGAGAGGCACAAUGCUGAAUGAAUGGACGCUGCACGGUCUUAAAAUCUCAUAAUUAAAAACUUUUUUAAAAAUCUAAUUACACACUUUCUUCGAGUACAAAAUAUAAAGAUAACACGAUUCUCUAUCAAUCGGCUGCAAGAACGCAUAUUUCUGUUUGUGCUUUAUAUAAAAUAUAUUUGGAUUUGCGAGAUCAUAGAAAAUCAAUUUAAAAAAUGCACACUACAUACAGCGAAUGACCUAUCUAAUGAAAUGUUGGCUAGAAUUCUGAAAUGCGUUUUCAAUUAGGAAGGAUUACUUGGUCGCGGUUGUGAUACUGAUUAAAGGCAUACUCUUAUAACAAUUUGGACUCGGCAGGAUGUCGGCUUUAAAAUGCACGUCUUUUCAAUCUCCUGCAGAAAGCGUGCUCGGUAAAAAUGACUACUUAAUUAACAUGCAUUUUUCCCAUUGAUUUGCGAUGGUCUUGGAAAUUCAAAUAUAUAUUAUAGAAACCACAAACAAAAAUAUGCUUUCUUUUAGUCAAUCAAUAGAGAAUCACGUCUUCUUUAUAUUGUAUAAGAAAGGAUGAUAAUUAGGUUUUAAAACAGUUUCUAAUUAUGAGACUUUUUAAGACCGCAAUAUGUCCAUUCGCAUAGCAUCGUACCUGGCCGUUUACCACUGCUCCUCAUGAAAUGUAAACAUGGUCCGCAUGCAUUGCAAAAUUUUAUGGACCCUGCAUAAUAUCUCUUUAAUGACAUUGAAAAAUAUGUGAUUCUGUUUAUGCGGAACGCAUGCACCCUGUAGAGUGAAAUCACUAAGCGCUAAUGCUACGGAUGAUCAGGCUCCACAUUUUUCGGCAAUUAGAAAACUUUUUUAAAACCUAAUUAUACUCCUUUUUAAGUCUAAAAUAUAAAGAAGACGUAGUUCUCUAUUGAUUGACUAAAAGAAAGCACAUUUUUGUUUGUGGUUUCUUUAAAAUAUAUUUGAAUUUCCGAGACCAUGGAAAAUCAAUUGGAAAAUUGUAGGCUACUUAUGUAGUCAUUUUUUACCAAGCACGCUUUCUACAGGAGAUUGAAAAGAAGUGCAUUUAAAAGCCGACAUCCUGCUAAGUCCAAAAUGUUAUAAGAGAAUGCCUUGAGAUAAUCAAUAUUACAACCGCGACCAAGUAAUCCUUCCUAAUCGAAAACGCAUUUCAGAAUUUCAGCCAACAUUUCCUGAGAUAGGUCACGCAGUGUAAGUAGCCAUUUCUAACCGAUUAAGGUUUUUACAGGAGAUUGAAAAGCAGUGCAUUCAAACCUAUCAUCGUACCAAGUCCGAAAUAGUAUGGGAUUAUGUCGUAAGAUAAUAAUUAUUACAACCGCGCUAAAUGAAUCCUUCCUAAUCCAAAAAGCAGUUCAAAAGUUAGAGCAAUGUUUCAUGAGAUCGGUCGCGCACUGUAAUAUUCUAGUCGUGGUCCAGACACCUUUUUUGCCGAUCAUAUGAGGCUGCACGAUGCAACUGCUAGAGAUGGGCUGAAAUUUUUCAACCUCAGCCAGCUAAUCCAGUUGUACUUGCAAUCUCCCAAGGGGAAGUCAGUAGUAUAUGAAUGCCUUUUUCGCGAUACAACUCAUUUGUUUAAAAGUCAGUUACAUGUGUUUCUUUAUAAACAUGGCAUAUAAAAUAUAAUCAUUCAGGACUUUUAGACUGGAAAGUAGCUUGAGAUUUCUAGACGCCACGGGUUCGCGAGUGCUGCAGUAGGCGUAGGCCGCAUGAAUUCGCUUUUUAAAUAGGAAAUAUCCAUAUUUGGCCUAUAAGUCUUGGUAAAAUGUUUUGGAUUUUCUUUUGCAAAUAUAAGGCAAUAUAAGGCCACAUUUUAGGUAGCAGCGGGCUGUGCAGAAAUAAACGAGCAAGUGUAUUUAAUCACAAAUGCUGACAAUGAUAGAGCCGAAAACAGUGGUUGGUGCCUGACCGUGAUACACGUGAAUGUACGCAUAUAUAUAUGAAUAUGCGUAUUUUCGAUUCUGUUGCCCAAUCACAGUAAAAAUGCUAAUAUGAUAGCUGUAAACUGGCGCGGACGCAAUACAUGUUGGCUAUGCCAUCCGGUUGUUCGAAGUCCGGCAGCUCAAAACCUUUCGAGAUUUAGUAAUGUUCCCCAAGAGGAAAUCAUCGCAGCCACAUCCAUUUUUGGCAGUCUUCUCAGCAACCGCUGAUGACCUAAAGGGCGUCACAAUAUAUACAUUAAACGGGAUCAUUUAUGAAAAAAACGAUAAUCUUGGUGGAUCUAGACUAUCUAACUGCAUUCGCAAGGAUAACGUAUAACUAGAGUUUUCAUCAUUGUUCUACCUAGAAUAAUAUGAUUUGUUGCAGCAAUAAGGCCAACCUACUUCGUCAGCGUACCGUAAAAUUUGAAAUUAACUGUUGUUGAUACAGAGAAGCGACCGUCCGAAUAACUGCCACAUAAGCUUACUGACAUACACUUAAAAAUGAGCUGACUUCCGAUAAUUCCUAUCUAUGCUCGAAUCACGCAGAAACCGCCAUGUUUUUAAUGUUGACUCUGAGUAUAUAUUUAAUUAUUGCAGGCCACAAGUUUUUCAUUAUUGAAGCAGUACGAUUUUUUAAUUUCUACAAAAAGCAAAUAUUUAAAAUGGAUUUUUUCGUUUUUCCAUCUAACAAAAAGGCCGGCUAUAAAUUUACACUGAUUGCGGAAAGGAAAAUGAACAACGCUCAAAUCUGCCCAACCACUAGGCGAUUGGCUGCAAAAAUAUUCAAACUUGCUUAGCGUGAUCUCUUUACUCAGCUAGGGGCUUCCGAACUUUUAUUUCUGCUUAUGCAUGCCAAAUGUUCACACCGGAGGAAUAAGAGUUUAGCACGCAGUCUGCUCUCGUGCCAAUACGUUAUCAAGCUGGAUCUACGAGUAGAGUGUUUUCACAGGUUGAAAACGCAUUUAGCCUAUCAAAAAAGAUAAGGUGAUUCAAACGGCGAUGACUUUCGACGCAAAAAAUAAUACGCAUUAUCAUUGUGCAGAUCCCUUGUAACCGAAAAUGUAACGCGGUUUAUGCACCUAUUUACACGUUUGCGCGCAUAUAGGCAUAUAAGGAACUUUCCCGUCAACAAAGGACUUUGAUGAGGUGAUUUGCAGAAUUUUUUUCAAAAACGUCAAAUGUCAUUUAAAUUUCAAUCCAUCAAACGUUUCCUGCAAUUAAGACUUCUGCAUUUUGAUGCAGGUCAUACUUUUACUUUGAAAUCACCUUGCGUUGAACCCCUGGCAAUUUAUGUGCAAAAAGUUAGAGGUCUUUUCUCGAACGGGGAGCAGGAUAGAGUUUUAUACUUUAUUUGUAUACAGAUAGAUCGCGGGAUCUCAUAUGUACGUUUAUUGAAUGCAAGAGUUUUCUCAGUACUGCAGUCUCAACCAAGGAUAUUUAUCAUUCCACUGCGAUCGUAGAUUAUAAAUGACCGCAGAAACGAGUUUUUAAUAGAAAAACCCAUCGAACUCACCUGAAUACCGUUUCAGACACGAGAGGAUAUUGAUUUUUGAACGCACUUCUCUUCGUCAACCUGCAAAACCCGCACUCGCUAAAAUGGCUGCUCAUCUGGUAUUUACAAUGAUUUCCGAUGUCCUUAAUUUGCAAUACGCAAUCAAAAUAUUAUUGUACUUAUUGAGUAAAAUCUCACUUUCUGAAAGGGUUAAUAAAGGUUUUUUAUUAUCCGAUUCCUGUGGCCGAAAAAUGUUAUUUUAAUGUCAUUGCGCAUGACGGUUCAUUAAUAUUCUCUCUAGGUAUACAAAGUAGUUCACAUUUUUCGUCAAUUCAUAUAAGCCCUCUAAAGUCUCCUCUAAAGGUCUAUACUAUGCAUGAUUCUUGAGCUAAAGAUAUACAGCUUGUGGUCUUUAAAGACAUGUAAGGCUCACAGUUAUUCGGGUAACGAAAAAAUUUUUUUAAAUCCCGAAGAUUCUAAUAUCCGUGACAAUUUUUGAAUACGUGACUCCCUACUAAUUGUGAAGAAGAAAGGAUAUACUGUGCAUGUUUCGAUAAGCGAUUUCCUGGUUAACAAAAGUGGUGAAAACAGUAAACAAUUUGGCACGAUUUUAGUAACAAUUAUAGCGUGUGUUGAUUAUGCAGGCUUUGAAAAAUAUCCGCACUCGAAAACCCUCACCGCGGCAAGUCUGAAACAUUUCAACACAUUAGUCAAUACUAGAAUUUUUUCUUAGGUUAUUCAUCCUAAAUGAAAGCGUAUUCUGGAAUUUCAUGAAAUCGGCCACUGAGUGCAUAUUUUUGCUCAACUUUUGUAUGCGAAAAACAUCCGGCAGACACAGAUUCGUCUCUUGGUAAAGUCCAACCAAUCUAAAUGAUCAACACAAGCCCAUGCCUUUACUCAUGUCCGUUAGCUCAUUGGGUUGUGCUUUCUACUUUAAUUCCAGACAGUUGGUGAUUCACUUGCGAUUGUUUUCGUCCACAUCAUUUGCCUUAAUCCAAAAACACUCUGCCGGAUGUUAUUAUGCAACAUUUAAUUACCUACUGUGUCCAUGAGCUCUCUUUUCUUGCAAACAUGCCUCAACACAAAUGUUAAAAUGGAUGGCUAUGGUUACUUUUAGAAUACGCAAAUAUGCGGACACAAGUUGGAAAGAGCUUCAAAAGAUCCAAAUGUUCAUUGUUUUUGCUAGGGCAUAAUAUACAACUGACUAGGAUGGGGCAUAAUUAAUUGUUUUUCAUGUCCGAAAGUCAUUUCGCUGUGAUGUUAUUAUAAUAGUAAGUAUUUGGUUUGUUAUUUACAUCCCCACAAUGCGUCUGCCCAAUAAAACCUAUGGGGUACUGUUCUGUGUCCAGUUUUUCGUUUAAGUUUAGAAAAUUCUAGGUGUGGCUCGAGGGAGCCUACUUUCUGGACGCUGUAAAUUUUAGAUGCGCGUUGGGUACCGGGCGGAUAAUUGUAUAACGAUAAGGUGCAUUCAAAAUGGGGAUGGCUAAAUAUCAAUUCCCGGUGGAUUCACUACCAGUUUGUUGUUUUUUCUUCGUCCAUACAAAUUUACAGAGUUAUUGAGAUUCAAUAGGACAAUAUGCAGGAGCGUUGUAGCGUUUUUUUGUAAAUUGCGUAUCUUUGGUGUAUUUGUAUUUCGGACGUUUUUACCAUGGAUUUUCAGAAAACGUGCUAGGAAGGUUCCCCGUUUGCUUCAUUUUUAAAGUAGAAAAUUUGAAAUUUGACUACACCUCUAUCUAAAUAAACAACGGAACUUUGACUGUAAAGGAUGGAAACAUAAAACAUAUAUCCGAACUACUAUAAAGUUAUCAUUAAUGUCUUUUGGCUUCGACCAGACCACACCAUUUGUGCAGCCUAAACCAUAAAAGCAUAUUUUAGCCCCUAUACAGAAAUCUGUAAGUUACUAGGUGUUGUAAGUAACUGUUACAUGUUCUGUAUAGCUCAGCAGCGCUUGUUUCACAGCAAAUGUUUUCAAAAUCUGGAUGAAAAAUAAGACGAGAAAAUUCAGAAAGCAGAUAUCAUUAUGGUUUUUUUCUACAAACAACUCAUCAUGGUGGCGAUCAAAAUUUUGAACUGGGAUUUUCAAUAAUACUCGUAUCCUGACACUAAUUCUGUUAACUGCUUCAAAAGAAACAUUUCGAAACGAUGUACGUUAUGUAGUUUUUUCUAUGGCAACGACUUAUUUAUUUAAACAAUGGAACCGUGUUUACGCUGUUUGCUAGUAAAAGGAAGGCACAGAUUGCCGCUUGUUUACUUACUUCUCUUUGAUAAAUAUACAUAAUCUUAAUUUGCUCACUUGUCACGGGUGCUUUGUCUAAUCAGUAAAACGCUCUUAAAGAAUGGUUGAGUCUGAUCCAGGGAAAAAGCAUAUAAAAAACUUUAACAAGCCCGUACGAAACCUUUAUGAAAGGAACAUCUGUGCAUGGUAAAUUCAACCGAAUUCAUACGCAACAGUCGGCAAAAUAAAUAGCACCGUCUAUGAUCAGUUUCCCAUAUGCACUAUAAGAUUGACCUUUUCCGCCAUAACAUCCGUGUGUAAACUUUUAUAAAUUAUUUAACAAAUAAAACUGAGAUUUGAUUUGCGACGUCUGAUAAAACAGGAUUUAUCAUACUAUGACAUCUAAUUCACAUAGAUUUUGAGGAUUCCCUGGCGUCUAAACGAAUAUUUUAUUUGCAGCUAAAUUAACGAAAGCUUGCCAAACGGCUUAGUUUGCAAAUACCAAACGACAUUUUUAUUUUCGUUUAUCGUGCAGCAUGCAGACCAGAAAAAUAGAACGAUUAAUUUCCUUGCCAUGUCUGUCUUUUUUCAAUAACAUAUGCAUUUUAAAUCCUGUUUUGUCCUCUGCCAAUGAUGUAAAGGGUAGUUUGCAGGGUAAGUCGUAUGAGUUAAAAUAGCCAGCAUGUCCAAAUUGUUUCAACGACGUUUUCGAUCAAGUUUCGUUUUCGUUGCGACAAGGUUUAUGCAUAAAUUUGCGCACACUUAGUAUCGAGCUAGUUCAAUUUCUAAGACUUCGCCUAAAUAAGCGCAGAUUUAGGACGGUUUGCCUUAAAAUUCAAACUUGUCGGUGGAUGCCGAAAUGAUGCCGAAUACGCUACUAAAUAAAAACGAUUUUUAUCCCGAAAUUUCGGCCUACGCCUGAUCGUUUGACAGUGCUAGAUCAUUAUCAUGCCUCGCCAUUUGCGCAUUAUGUCCGGAUUAAAACCAUCUGCAACAUUUUGUUUGGAAGCAGAUAUUAUUUUUCUUUUUGACAUGGGGCUUGAUGUCCUAGAGUUAUGGCAAAUUUUCAACCCCUAAUUAAGUUAAAUGAGCCAACCUUAUAUGCUCAAAAUAGCGUUUUGUUUCCAAGUAGAUUAUGCGUAAACGUAACUGCCGCCAAUAGCCAAUGUCGUAAUAAUGUGUCAGAUUUACAAAAAAAAAACGAUAUUCGCAAUGGUCACGUAAAUAGCACUAAAUAAAAUAAUUAAUUUAAUGCACAAGAGUUUCAUCUGGACCGAUCGUUAAUCAGCGACCGCCUUAAAUAAUGGAACCCAUUAAACUUUUCAGUACGACAUGUAGUUUUUUAUCCUUUUGGUGCUUUUAGAAGAUUAUAUAAUUCAUAAAGUUUAACUUAUUUUAAUAAACAGGACUGCACUGUCCCGGGAACAACGAGCACAGGCACAUACAGUUGUCUCCUCGGGAAGUUUCAACUGCGGCGACAAAUCGGCUCGUACCUGGUGGGCACUUAUAUCCCAGCCUUCCUGAUCGUAAUCGUUUCGUGGCUGACAUUCUGGGUCAACACUGACGCCAUACCUGCAAGAGUUACACUUGGCCUUCUAACGCUCAUCUCCCUCCUCACAAAGGUUGGUCAUUGUACAAACGUUGCAUACAUUUUCUCGAGCUUUCCGGCCUACGACAGGGGUCUGUCUAGUGCUGUUCUUUCCGUUUUUAAGAUUUUUGGGGUAGAUCAUUUGUAGUAGUGUAUAGAAUACUGCCUCUAUGUCAUUACUACCCGGGUACGGGGCCCAAAACUCUGAACACAAAUGAACUGGCCAGGUGCGUCCGUAGCGUGUAGUAUUGCAAAAAUUCGUUUUGAUCAGCUGGCCUUCUCUUGUUUUUAAACCUAGGUGUUAGGCAAAUACAAAGAAGCAACUGUCCAUACUGUCUGAAACCCCAAAAAACCACGAACAAUCUUUGCAGGUAUUGCUUAUCAAAACCCGAUUUCUUCGGAAGGCCUCUUCAAGCUUAUUUUGAAAUGUCGCUGCAUUAUUGCUGCUACUAUUUCUUAAAUUUGCGGACCAGAUGCUCCUAAUCGCUACUAAAACCUAGUUUUAGGUAUUUUGGAGCUUCUUAUAAGUUAAUAAUCAGCUUAAAAUAUUGCUUUAAAUGACGGACACUUGAUUUUAAACUACUGCGUUAGUGUAGGUACUACGUCUUAAUAAAAAGGCACAAACGGUCAAGGAAAAACUGUAGGUAGUUGCAUGACCCGAUUUCCCCGAUGACCUUUUUGUGGAUAGAUUCAGGAAGCAGAGGAAAUUUUUUCAACAAACUAUUCUCUAGCAAGCGCCUUGCAUCAUUAAGAUGACUGUGUCAUAACGACCGAAAUCGCUUUACGUGCGUUUAGAAAAUGCUUAUCAGCAUGUUCAACAAUUAAAAUCGUCGUUUAAUGGCGCGACCGUUCGCAGUUACUUACCUAUGCCUAUGUCUGGAGAACGUUUAUUUUUCAAAAUAGGCAAUUAUUCAUCUUUGAAAAGAAACAUUUUUUCCUAUCUUUACGUUAAAGUGUUUUAUAAGAAAACUACUGACUUUAAAAUCAGAACUUCAGAGGAAGAUGCAUGUGUUUAUACAGAUUUCCAUGGACUGGAUUGUGUGUUUAGAUCACGCAUUUAAUAGAAUCUUCUUUAGAUUUUUAAACGUUGUAUGUAAGGCACGCACGGAGAGGGAGGCGCAAUCUAAAAAGUUAAAGCAAACACAUUGCUCAAGUAUAAGGUAGCAGUAAUUUCCGUGUAUAAUUGAACUUUUUCUCCCUAUAAAGGACAGUUUAUUCACAAUACUAUAAGAUAACACAAAAGGGCAAAGCGUCCGAGGUGUUUUGAACUGGCCAUCUGUAUUUUGGUUAUCAAGGGUCUAGAGUAACAUCAACGUUUUCUUAAAAAUGACUCAACUUAUUAUCCUCAGAUUAGAAGAACUUGGCUUGGGUAAUUUUGUAAUAAAUAACGUUCCUAUGCAAGCCGCAACGGAAGCAUACAUUGGACUUUAGAAAACUCGGCACUAAAGUGUUUCUUAAGCGACAGGACCUAGUCUUACUCUUGGUAAGUGCAAACUCUCUUGCUCACAAAUUUAACAUCCAACCUUAAAAUUACAUGGUAGAAAUCUGUAAUUUGUCUGGCGAUAUAACGGUGGUGUCUGUACAAGCUUUUUUAUUCUACAGUCUUUAACCACAGGUCUUACGUUUUUCGUAACACCUGCUAAUGACAUAUUGCCGCACUUAUUAAAUGCCAGCUAUACAUUUGUUGUAGUAACAUAAGGAAAUAGUUCUUUUGCUCUUAUAUUUUGUUUUUUCCGGAUGCUUUUACUGUUUAAAUAAAGCCCCACGCGUUUUCAGCUCAGUACCUAGAAGCUCAGUGUAGAUUUAACGCCCUGCCCAGUUGACGUGCUCUAUCUGGUGUGGCAAGGUCAUUUACUUCCAUUUAGCAUACGCCCAGUGACGUUGCUUCAUGCGACAGCAACCGCGUGAAUGAUUUAUUUUAAUCAGAGAAGACAUGCGCACUAAACUGAUUUCCGGCCCUUACUCGUCAGGACGCUUGUAAUGUUGAAACUGUGCGCUGAUUUGUUAGCAGAUGGCAAAGCGUUCGAUGCAGCUGCGUUUAAACGAACGGAUUUAUGCACUACGGAGUCAGCAUUCCUUACUGUGUACACACUUUGCAAUAUGCCGAAACACUUCAUAUUUUCAGCCGAUUGUGACUGUUUUAGGCGACCCUAUUUCGCACACGGAAAUUCUAUUUUAUAAUCGAACAUCAGAGUGUGGUUUACACUCACAAAAAGGUAAACUGCAAUUAACGCCGUCUCCUUAUGCGAAAUGCUGUUUUUAUUUUUCAAAGACCAUACUUUCCUACGAAUUAUUCAUUAGUCAAUACACUGAACUAGAUGCCGCGAACAUAAGUGUCAGAGAAAAAUACAGGAGCGAUGCCAAAUGUUAACUCACAGACAUAUCCGAUUGGCCGGCAUGAAACUAAAAUAUCGAUUUGUAGGCACGUUCGCAUUUUUGGUUGUUAUUUCCCAUUUGAUAAACGUCUGAUGACGACUUGUGGAACCUGUGUCAAACAUUUAGGGAAUAAAGUUCGCCAUAUUUCCCUAAGGGACAGGGAAAAUGUCCGGUUCUAUUUCAUAUUCCUAGUGAAACCACAAACCCAGGUUGCAUGAUCGACAUUCGACGCCAGGCCAGUUAAUUAUGCAGCAGCGCCGUAAAAACGAGAACAGUAGGUGGGCUAACUGAUGAAAUGUCAAUCAAAAGUUCCGAAAUGAGUUUUCAUUCCUUAAGGACGAAUUAAGUAGGGUUGUAAAACUAGUCAACCUGCAACAGAAAUCUAUAAUAUUUCGGUGAUCUCAGGAUGCCGGCUUUCGAACAUCCUCUCUUCCGGCUGCACGCAAAAACAACACUUCGUAAAAAACGACUGCUUAAGUAGCACCAAUUUCUCUCAUUGAAUUUCGAUGCUCUUAAGAAAUUUAAUUGUAAUUCAUGGAAGAAAUGCAAAAACGUAUUUCUUCUUUAACUCAUCUUGUAAAACGUUACGUCUUUUUCAAUGUUAUACUCGAAGGAAGGAUAUAAAUCGAUUCUAAAAAAGCUUCCAGUUCCCGACUUAUUUUGAAAUCGCUCUACAGUUACACAUGGAUUUAGGGUCUCUUCACCACAAGCCAUAUAUUUUCAGCUUACGGAAAAGCACACUUUUCUCUACGGUAAUAAAGGGGGACCAUAUAGGAUUCAUAAAAUGUAGCAGUAAAUUUGAUCCAUAUUGUCUGCUUUACAAGCCACAUUGGUAAAUAAUGUUUUAUGAACGGCCAUUUCACGGUAUUUAAAGGCCCUCAAUAUGGAACUUUUUAAAACCUAAAUGUGUCCCUUUUUCGAGUAUAAAAUUAGAAAAAGACGUAAGUUAUUAUCAAAGGGAGGAACAAAAAAACAUGUUUAUGCAUGUUUUCCAUGAAAGAUGAUUAUCUUCCUUAAGGGCAUCAAAUAAUCAACGAGAAAAAUGCAUGCUACAUAAGUAGUCGUUUUUUUCAGUGUCGGUUUUGCAUGCGGCCGGAACGAAUUUCAUUCACAAACCGAAAUUCUGUGGUAACCGAGAUAUUAUAGAAUUAUGUUGCAGGCUGACUAGUAUUACAUCCCUACUUAACUAAUCUUUUCAAAACAAAUACGCAUUUUAGAAUUACGGUUGACAUUUUAUGAGUAAGGCUAUUUACUUUAGGCUUACAUUACGCCGACCGACCUUAAAAGGACACUAAAUAACAGCUAGCAGUUAAUGCUUUAAAAGUGGUUUCCCGAUAUAGACAAUAAACAGUUCUUUUCUACUUACUUUCAAGCACCUGACAUUUUUAAGCCAACCUUACAUCCGGUGCUCAUGUUUGUGUUUAUAUAAACUGGCGUCCAUUACUGUAAAGACGCUUAGCGUCGUCAUUCUGGCAAUCUCGGCCCGCAAGCAAUUCCAUUUUAAACUUUGGAAGAAAAAUAUCGAUUUUUCUUGAAGCAUAAGUUACGAUUAAUAUAACUGUUAGGAAACGGAUAUGCAACGCAUUGCUUUUUAAUGCACGAGUAUAAAGCAUACUUGAUGUUUAUGAGUGCCUGAUCCAUACAAAAGAUUCCGCUUACUUUUCCCCUAUUCUAAACUGAGCUACAGUUGCUGCUGUAUUCUGGGUGAUUUUUUAACGUCCGUCCAACUUUUGACCAUAUUUCUACUUGUCACGUGAGGAAAGGGCGUGUAACUGUUACCUACGCAUCUAACUGCUAAGACGAGAAUUUUCUGGUCAGGCAAAUAUACUUCUUGUCCCAGUGAUCGCAUCUUCAUUUUCUGGUUUAUCGGUUUCGAUAGGGUAGUACAAUAUUAGGAGCAAGUUUCAGAAGACGCGCCAGGAAUCUCACUCGUCCCAUUGUGCCUUAAGGGUUCUCUCUCCAGCCCAACCAGCAGCCGCACAGAGGAGAGUGAUUUCCAUAGCGCGAUCGGUGAGGGCCAUCCUACCAUUCACCAAGUAGGCGGUCUUUGAUCAUUUUCACCUCGUUCGUAUUCCUGGCAAAAUGUCAUCUGAAAGUCUGUUUGAAAAAAAUCGAAUAUCGUAUAAAACAGCUUGCAAGCAGCAUUGCAAAACAGCAGAAGCAGUAGCGUAGGCGCUUUUGUCCGAGAUUUCACGAUAAGGAGUUCAAAGAGUACACUUUGACGAAGCGUGAGACGCUCGCCUGCAAAUAUUUAUCGAAAGCUUCGGCGAAUACCACCGAUGAUGUAGUACCAAGUAGGAACAACGUUCAGCGAAUAGGCUUGGCAGCAGGCAACUUCAUUAAAGCAUGUAAAUAACAAAUGUCACAUUUUUUAUGACAGGAAAUUUUCUUCGGAUUGUUAAAAAAUUUGUAACAUGGUCCAUGUAAAGAUCCAAAAAAUAAAGUUCAACUGACAACAUGAUUGCCUAAGCGACGUUUAAUUAAGGCACAAAGUUCGAAUUUAUGGUUAUGCAGGAAAGAAUAAUAACCAGAAGAGCAUAAUUCGGUUUUAAAAAGUUUAUAAUUGUGAGAUUUUUAUGAUACCGUUAAAUGGCCGUUCAUAAAACGUCAUGUAUCUGCAUUUACGAAUGUGGCUUGUAAAGGUAACAAUAUUGCUCAAAUCCACUGCUUAAUUUUACGAACCUCAUAUGGUCUCCUCUUAACACCGUCGAGAAAUGUAUGGUUUUCCGUACACGGAAAAUAUACAGCUUGUAGUUUUAAGACUCUGAAUGCAAGUGUAGCAGCAGGUCGGGUUCAAAAUUAUUCGGGAAUUAAAAAGUUUUUUAAAACUGAAUUAUACUCUUCUUUUGAGUAUGAAAUUGAAAGAAGACGUGAUUUUCUACCGAAUAAGUAAAAGAAUGAAUAUUUUUAUGCAUGUUUUCCAUGAAAUAUAAUUGCAUUUUUAAGGACAUUAAAAAUCAAUGAGAAAAUUACAUGCUACUUAAGUAGUCAUUUUUUGCAGAGUAUAGAUCUUGCAUGCAGCUGAAAACAAGUUCUUUCGAAUGCCGACACCCUGAGGUAACUGAAUCAUUAUAGACUUAUGCUGCAUUAUGAUUAGUUUUACAACACUACUUAAUUUAUCUUUUCGAAACGAGAACGCAUUUCGAAAUUUUGGUUAACAUUUCAUGAGUUCUCACAUCUACUGUAUGUCUUAAUUUCGAAUGCUGACUCCACAAGUAAGUGGCCUCGUCGGAGGACAGCCAUUACCUGACUGUGCAGAUGACUUGAUAUUAUGUCGGACACUUUUCAAAUUAACCGUUUUGUGCAUUACAGUGUUCACUUCUUACCCUCUCUUGCAAAACCCAAUCGAUCUACGUAAAAUUACCGAAGGUAUCACCGAAAAAAGAUAUUCUUUCAGCUUUGGGACGCAUGAAUAGGUUUUUGUCCGCGCACGUUCAGCGAACCUGGGGUGAUUAUUGGCUGGCAAGUCAGAAGAAUUGGGCCUACUAACUUCUGCUUCCAUACUGGGCCUUCCCUGCUCAAAACUGUUUCCGGGAAAGACCUCGUCGUUAUAGAUCAGUGCCUCUUUUAUGAGUAUCUUAUGACCUAUAUGCAUGAAGCAAGGAUAGCAGAGAAGAACAAAUCACCUAGCACACCCUUUCUGGAUCGAAAUUUGAAGAGACACCCGUUUUGCUUGCUUCUCAUCGCCCUCAACUCCUACCUGAGUAGACGAAAUGGGCGGUGUUCUGUUGAAUUAAAUGUGAAACAUAGCAAAGCAUAAUAAAUACGCCUCGACCGGCAGACAGAAGAAAGUAUCCGAUGCGCUGAAUACGCAGAUCUUCGGUGCGCAAAAUAAAUUCCUUCAGGCAAUGCAAAUUUCAUGGCUUAAGUCGACCGACGGAAACUCCGCGGGCAGACUAGAUCACGUGAGUUGUCCUAGGACUUUCGCAAUGUCACCCACCCCUCACUCCCCUUGUCUGGCCACAGUGGUGUUUCACCCUCACCUGGUCAUAAAACCACAAGACACGUAGUCCACGCGACUUGAGAACCGACUCAGUUGUAAAGUCGGUUUAUUAUUUUGCUGAAUUCUUGAGUGACCACAUACUGCGUACACCAGACUAUUGCGUGAGGCUGUCAGGGCGAAAUAUAUUCUGAGUUUCUAAUUCGAUGUGGAGAUAUCAGUGGAUGCGUUUAAGGUCCACCACUGUCCUUCCUACGACGUUGAGUUUAACGCUGCGGUUGCUUCUGAAUUUCAAAGCCAGACAUGAGCGACGAUGUCCGUUUUUUAGUAAAUUAAUUUGAUUGUAAAACUGAACAUAUAUUUAUUUCCUGAAUAAAAGUGCACCAGUUUGUCAUUAGGCCACACUAGAACAUCUUUAGAAAACUGAUCGCAUCUUUUGAUAUUUAUCCUAGGCGUCAAAAGCACAAAGUUGCAUCAAAUGCCAAACUUAAGAUCAUCAUAGGGGACGCAAAUAUGCCUCCCUGUCCGGUCACUCGUUUACCAAGUGCACUUACAGUAGGUGAGCUAAUUCAUGAAAUGUCAACUGAAAUUGCGAAAUGCGCUAUCGUUUCGAAAAAAUUAAUCAAGUAGGGUUGUAAAACUAGUCAGCCUGUAACAUAAUUCUAGAGUAAUUCAGUUACUUCAGUUUGCCAGCUUUCUCAAGAACCUCCUCUUGGCUGUAUGGGCAAGCUACACUCUGUAAACAAUGAAUAGUUAAGUAGCAUGCAUUUUUCUCUUUGACUUUCGAUGCCCAUAAAAGUCCAAUUUUAUUUCAGGGACAAAAUGCACAGAAAUGUUCAUCCUUUCGCUCCUUCGAUAGAAAAUCACGUUUUCUUUUUGUUUUAUACUCGACAAAGGGACAUAAUUUGGUUUUAAAAAGUUUCAAAUUGUGAGACAUUUUAAUACCGUAAAAUGGCCGUUCAUAAAACUCUAUGACUUUGCAUUUACCAAUGUGGCUUGUAAAAUUAACAAUAUGAUUCAAAUCCGCUGCUAAAUUUUAUGAACCCCAUUUGGUCUCCUCGUAAUACCGUGGAGAAGUGUGUGGUUUUCUGUACGCGGAAAAUACAUGGCUUGUAGUUUGAAAACCCUGAGGCCAAGCGUAACGGUCGAGCGGGUUCAAAAUUAUUCCGGAAUAGGAAAUAUUUUUGAAAACCGAAUUCUACACUUCAGUUGAGUAUAAAAUUGAAAGAAGGCGUAGGUUUCUACUGACUAAGUGGGGAAUGAUUAUGUUUAUGCAUGUAUUCCAUGAAAUAUUUUUGGACUUUUAUGGGCAUCGAAAAGCAAAGAGAAAAAUGCAUGCUACUAAAGUGGUCAUUUUAAAGGUUAUAGUUUUCACAUGUAACCGAAGGGAAGUUUUUUCGAAAGCCGGUAUCCGGAGGUUACUGAAUUAUUACAGAAUUAUAUUGCACGCUGAUUAGUUUUACAACCGUAUUUAAUAAAUCCUUUCGAAACAAAAUCGCAUUUCGGAAUUUCAGUUGGCAUUUCAUGAGUUAGCUGACCUACUGUAAUUUUAGCGCGCUGACUACACUCUUCGUCCAUUCUUGUUAAUUAAAACCUACGUUUGCCUUCUAAUUCUGAAAAAAAAUGCCCUGUGAUGUUCAGAAACUUUUACCCGCGGGUGACGUUAGCCGAAAUGCAUUUCUUGUAUGAGAUUUUAGUCUUGGCUGAAACCAGAUACUGCGUAAUGCGCACAGCUUACUACAACCCUGAGGUAUACUUUCUGUGAAUUUUGUUUACAGGUUAACAACGGCGUAACCUGUGGUGUAGAUGGUUUGACAAAUUUGAACUAUGGAGACGUAUGCCGAUUUGAGAAAGUGUUGGAAACAAAGCAUACUUAUGGAAAGCCGUACCAAAGACACACACGCUACGUGUGCUCACUUACUUAUUCACCCUCUGCAAACAAUCAAAUCCAGAAGGUCGUAAUUACUCUAGUAUUUUUCCACCUCCUGAACUUUGAACAUUCUCGGUUGCACAUACAGGGAGGCGGCAGUUUAAAAUCAUUUACUUAAAUAAGAAGCAUAUUUCUUUGCAGAAAGCGUCCGCAUGAGUUCAUUAUUUGCGUCUGCUUGUUCUCCGAAAAAGACAUGCUUUGGAGCCAGCAGUAGCUUCUAGGGCCAUCGAUGAAUGGUAGUUGCAUAUAUAAAAGCGUCACCCAAGUACCUAGGGGGGCUGGAACCGGUCGCAAUCGCUCCUUCGACAAGUAUAUUGCCCUUUGAGGAGCAUUUAAUCCUAGGACUCAAAAAGCAUCUACUGAAAAUUGACCUUAACUAAUCUCGGACCCGUUCACCUGCGGCCACCCAACUGACCUUAGGUCGGACACGCGUGCGCCGUCAGAGCCGCGGCCGACCAUGAGCCACUCAAGUACGCCAUCCCUCGGAGUAUACAACACGGCAGCUCGACUGUCGAUCAGACAAUGCCCACCGUGCUCACCACAGCCGUGUUGGCGCAGGGAAGAUGAAUUUCGGGUGAAUUAGUUCAUGUUGAUAGUUGACUAAUGCUGCAUCCAGGGCUUUUUUUGGUAACAACCGGGAGAUGGCACCCAAUAAAAUCCGUUACCUAGAAAUAAUACUUUUAACAGUGGACUCAAACGCCUUCAGGCUAUAUUAGCGGUUGCAGGCCUACUUUUACGCACUACUUGGACGUUCCGCGACAGCCUAACAUGAGCUGGCCGACCGAACAUCGUAGGAGGUUACAUGGAUGAUGAUCGCUGUUACCCAACCUUCCCCAUCUUUACACACGUACACCUGAAUUUACGGCAUACAUUCACAUUAUGGCAGUUUAUUGCAAAACAAAAUCACUUUUAAAUAGGACAAGUCUGCACAACAUGGGACAGGAACAGUUCCCAGGCAUCUGUCAAAGACAUGGCAUUGAAACGAAACCAAAGACGAUACUGUACUUCGUCUAUGUGAGCCCAAACAGCUCGACCACAUACAGGGCCUCCUUCGUGGAGUUUCCUUUUCAGUCUACUCCAGUAUGCCUCAAUGUCAUUGGUGUGCCGUCCGGUGGUAGGGUCCUUGAAGUUCUUUGUGUGGUUAACAGAGAAAUGCAGAUAACCUUCUGAGGGAAGACGAUCAUACGCCUUCCACUCGUCCGUUACCACUAUACUGCCUUUGACGACCCAUUUUGUAAUGACGGAAAGGACAGCGGGCCAACUUCGAUCAGUAACCCAUUCAAAUAAGCCUUUCGUUGGCCUGUCCCGUAAGACAGGCUGCUUUGGUUAGGCGAAUUUUUUUGGGUGCCAUCUCCCGAUUGUAACCCUUUUUUCCCCUCUUACCAUUCCGAGUUAGGACGACCGGAGGUGGAAUCAGCCGCGGAUGGCUAGCGCGUCACGUGCGUGCACCUUGGCGUGCCUGGAUAGAUUCGCAUCCUUAAUAACACCAGCCGGGCCCUGAUCUGAAUCACGUGGCGGCUCAGCGCAUCCGCCGUGUGGCCCGUUUUAGGGCGCAAGGCGCACCAAGCAGAACAACAUUUGGACAAAUCUAUAAGCUCAACGGCCGCCACUUUGCCAAUAGAAGCGAAGAGACGAGUCCCAGGAAGUAGUCUUGAAGAAGGAGACACGAUCGCCGGGACAAGAGCUUUAUUAGCCUGACGUUUCGGAUCCAUCAUCAGAGACAAAAAAGCAGAAACGGUUGGUUGUUGCACAAGGGGCUGCGGUAUUUAUAGGAUACAGUAGCCAUGCUACCGCCGACAUUCGAGUCGAUAAUUGCUGCAAUUUCAUCACGUGCGUUGGAUGCUGGUGUGAUGAUUGCUCGACCAUCUGACGCAUCGACCCCGGUGUUGGGAAAAGUGUUCACCUCUGCGAAGUUUCAGUACGGAGUAUGGAAUGGAAACAUCCUUGCACUUGUUUAUGGACUGGAGGCCAGUAAACCAUGGAGGCAAUAAUCACACCAAGUGCGACAAUCCCGGAUGGAGGGGGGAGCCGUGAAUGUUCAUAGGUAUGCGGUAGCAUGGCUACUGCAUCCUAUAAAUACCGCAGCCCCUUGUGCAACAACCACCCGUUUCUGCUUUUUUGUCUCUGAUGAUGGGUUCGAGUAGGAAUCCGAAACGUCAGGCUAAUAAAGCUCUUGUCCCGGCAAUCGUGUUUCCUUCUUCAAGGCCGCCGCUUUCUUCCUCUAGGGCAUGACUAAGCAAUGUCAUUAUACGACUUGGUCCUGCUAGUACAGUGCGUGACCGAUCUGGUGAAAUUUCGGCCGAAAUUCUGAACUUCCUUUUCGAUUAGGAAGGAUUACUUAGGUGGGAUAAUAAUGUUGCUUAUGAAACAACAUAAUCCCCUAAUAAUUCGGACUCGCUAGGAUGUUGGCUUUUGAAUGCACAUCAUUUCCACCUCCCGUAGAAGCUACAUUUGGAAAAAAUGACUACCUGUGUAGCAUGUAUCUUUUACAUUGUUUUUCUACGGUCUUUUAAAUUCAAAUAUAUUUUAUGAGUAAUACGUAAAAAUAUGCUUUAUUUUACUCGUUUCGUAGUAAAUAGCAUCGCCUUUACAUUUUAUGCCCAAAGAGAGCGUGUAUUUAGGUUUUAAAUAAGUAUAUAGUUAUGAGGUUUUAAGAUCGUGCGAUGUCCAUACAUACAGCGUCGCACAUCUCCGUUUACCAAUGCUCCUCGUGAAAUGUACAACUUAGUCCACAUUCAUUACAAAAUUUGAUGAGCUCAACACGGUAUCUUCUCAAAGGCAAAGAGGAAUAUAAGAUUUUUAUUGUGUGGAAAGCAUGCACCCUGCAGAAUGGAAUCGCUAAAUGGUAAUGCAGCCAUUGAUCUAACCCAAAAUUAUUGGGGAAUGGGAAACAUUUUCAGAGCCUAAAUCCACUCUUUCUUCGGGUAUAAAAACUUAAAAAGGUGUUAUUUUCUAUCAAACAAGUUAAAGGAAACAUAUUUUGUGCAUUUCAUCCAUGACAAAUAUUUGAAUAUAUAAGACCAUCGAAAAUCAAUGCAAAAAAUACAUGCUACGCAGGUAGCCAUUUUUUAUCCAGUGUGUCUUUUAUAAGUAAUCGAAAGGAAGUGCAUUCAAAAGCCAACGUCCUAGCGAGUGCGAUACUAUGGGAAUAUAUGGCUUGAUAAGCAACGUUACAACCCCACCUAAGUCACGUAUCCUAAUCAAAAACGCAUUUCAGAAUUUCGGCCAACAUUUCAUCAGAUUGGACAUACAUUGUAACCACUAGCGCAAGAAGACUGAGUACAAAUCACAUCUGUCUCCGGUUUACUCAGUAGCAUCUUUCAUCUCGCGACUGUGAAUCCCCAAUCUCCAUUAUCUACAGUAUACGCCGCAUGAAUACCUCUUCUGAGGGUUCGAACAUUACCGUUAGGAUGCAGACUUGAAUAUAGAAUAUAUAUAUAUAGAAUAGCAGUACGAAAUUUGUGAAAGGAUGAAGAGGCUAGAACGUGAUCAAUGCUUCGGAUCUUUAAUUCAUUGGUUAGGGAAAUUUGCGAGUUCUGUGUUAUCCGUCUGUUUGGGUUUUAUGUGUCUCGGGACGGUAAGCAUCAACGUCAACUAUACCGGUAAACUGAUCUAUUUCGGGUACACCAAGCGGCGUGCGAUUGAAAGUACAACGAACGGUUAAGAGCCUCCAAUCUGCCCGAUAGUUUUAGUGCAAGCAAUAGGGCACUGUAACGUUAAGCAUUUUGGCUAAAAGUUCUGUGACCUCCAUCGGCAGCUUAUGUUGUACUAUAUAUGCAUAUAUAUGUGAGCAAGAGACGGUGUGUCUGUCGGCUACAUGAAUAAUUCAAUAGCGCCCUGUCCGAACCGCGAUGAGAGCUUGCUUUUUGAUCCGAACGACCUCUCCGCAAAGACUGCGAUGCUAACUAUUUUACGUGGAAGUACAUGAGUUAAUUGCAUUGGUACAGUCAGCUGAUUGCAUAAUAAUUAGAAGGAAAGGUUUUGUAAACGAAACCACAGGAGCGAGAGUACAUGCAUGCAAAAUUUAGAGGAAGCAUUGCUAAACUACUUCUCAGGUUGUUUACAAAGGCUUGUGAAAAUAAAUGUUGACUGUUUUGGAGUCAGUAGAAAUAGAGUAUUUUCGGUCAUUAAUAUUUGCACAAAAAUAUCUCAUUAGUGUUGUGUCGAUGAUCGCAAAGGCCUUAUUUUUAAUGAAAAGUCAUUAGAAUAAACACCGGAGAAAGCGGAUUUAUGCAAGCAAAGUCAGCAAAAUUAUCGCUGACUUCGAAGACGUGCUAUCAAUCUUCGUACGCAACCACAGCACUCACAUAUUCAGUGCUUAGGCCGACCGUGUUAAGUAUGACAAGGACCAGGAAAUUUAAAUAAUUUCUUUGUUAGUUGUUUUUCAUCGCAUCAGCCAACUUUACCGUGUUAAGCUGAAAUUGGUUGUCCGUCUGUCUUGGCUAAGAUUUUCCCACAAAUGUGAUUUUUGUUCGUCAUCGCGACUGCCGUUCAUAAUCUCCUAUCUGUCCAUUAAGGCGAGAGAGAGAGGGAGAGAAGAGUGUCAUCGUUGGAGGGAGAAUACUGUUUGUCUGCCAGUUCGGAUUAUCACACCAGUCCAUCACUCAAGGCAGCUAUAGAUAAGGGUAAUGGACACAGGAAGGACGCAGCAUUUAUAGGACACAGUUAGUAUGCGACCCUUGUCACAAAUAGCAACUUCCGGACUCAUCGGCGAUGGUCGCAUUGUACGCAAUGAUUCCCUGUUCAUCCAUACGCAGGUUGCUUUAUGUCACAAUGUCAUUAGCCUCGUAACUUACAGGCAUGGCAUUUACCUGACAACCUUAAUUACCAGUACAUUCCAUGGCAGCAGUGUUCAUUCGCGUCAUCCCAUGUGGGCAAUGACAGAGGAGAUGAGAGGAAGUUGGGUUUGUUAAUAAACUCCAGACUGGUGUGAUUUUCUGCAAUGAUGUAUCAGGGCGGAAUUACAAAAUUCAGCCAAAAGACAGCAAUAACCGUAUCUCCUGGUUGUUAACUGCCUCUUGAAACUCGCUUUUUUGUUACUAUCGGCAAACUGCCCAUCGUUAAGUCUGCCACCCUUGGUCGUUGGACCGCAAAGACCGCGUGUACAUACUCGCUAGCCGCCUCUUUCCCAAAACUCAAUCAAACCCCUUCGUCCUGUCCAUUCUAAAGGGCAGAAUUUAAAGUCAGAGUCGAAGAUAUCUAGCUUCCUUCACACUGGUCAUUUGCGAGGCAACUUAUUCUCUAUAUUGGGAAUUCUACUGGCCCCUUCAUGGAAAAACAGUGCUCUGUCCUCCAUUCUAUGAAUGCAUUUUCAUCUUCAUAAGCAAACUCUAAUGAACGCUUCCCUGACCGCUGGCACUCAGAAGCCUUCCUGUCUUUUUGACCCAGACCUUAUUAUUCCUUUUUUAAAAAUAACAGGCAAGUGCUGUUUUAAUCUGGUCUUACCUCAAACAAAAACACAAUUUCCUCAUGUUUGCUGAAAAACGUCUGCACUCUAUUUGGAGGUUGAAUGGUUGUCUCCCUCAUUUCACAUCUAGAAGUAUGGGCGUGAGCUGUUGGACUGAACGACCUCACACCUAACAUUGGGAGAUGUCCACGACAUUUGCGUCUAAAUAACAGUGUGAGAUCUUGAGGGAAAACUCUCCGAGUAGUAAACUUAACGAUUUUAUCCACAGCAAGACAAACACCUAUAUUUGGUCUGAGUCUCCGAAGCCAAGGUCGUCUGCUAAUUAUGCGAGGGCACUUUUAGAUCCUUAAGUGGACAUCUUUUGAAAAUCCAGUCAAACUGUUACUAGCCUUUACAUUUUACCACAUAUGUAUAUCGAACGUAUUGUACCGUACUCUGACCAAGGUUCUAAAUAAAAGCCCAGACAGGUGUUUCGCCGAUAUUCUGCCGCUGCGUGACACAGCUGCGAGGGGUUCGGCUCUUCAGUGGGACCCCCAGCCUUCUCUAGCGGUUUCUGCUAUAUGAACUCCAGAGAAUAAUCAGGUGAAUAAUUUCAGAAAUUAAUCAGUGCAGGACUUGGAGUUAAAUCUCCGGGACAUGACUUUUUAGGGUCAGAGCCGAAAUUUCAAGGAACAUUUGAGUCGAAGACAACUGACUACUGCGGAAUAACCAAGUAAUACCUACGUUAUAUUCAGACACAUGUUUCGCCGUUAUUCUGCCGCUGCGUGACACAGCCGCUUGAGGCUCGGCUCAUCGCGUACCCAUACUCGCGCAUGCGUUUUGGGACCAAACGGUAUGGGGCAGUUCUCCCAUGUCAGUUGAUAUAUGCUGAUAAACCAGUCACCUGCAUCAGUAAAUGCUUGUAGUUUCCGAACUACUGCAAAUAUCCUACAGGACGUCGACCUGUUAAUAGAAGAGUAUCAGUUUCCGCUGCGGGAAACAAAUCCCCCACAUGUUAGUGGGCUUGCGGAUGAGGCCGGGACACAUUCGCGAGGAUCGCAAGUCUUGCUGAAUGCAAAAGCGCCUUUGAUAAACGGUUAAGCUCGAAUGAGCUUACGAGAACAAUAAGCUAUUAUUACGCGACAAGAGAUCGUGUGGCUGAUAUAUUCGAGGUGAAUUGUGUGCUUCAACCGCCAGCGGUAACCGGUAGGUAACGUCUUAGACAGUUAGAGCUUCAGGUCUAAAGGGUGUUACGUUGGGUUAAAAGCACCCCAGCAAUAAUGGGAAUAUUAAUGUGAGAUCUUGAAUUAAAUAUCUCCAGGCAGAACGCCCAAGCAUGUUUCCUGCGACAAGAAAAGAUAACGUUCAUAUACUUGAAUGCGCACAGACAUUUGGGAGGAAGAUAAUAUUCAUUACAAUGUACUUUUGAUAGUUCUCGGGGCACGAACUGGCAUUGUGCGUUUCACCCAUGUCAAUCGUUGAACUCUUUUGGAACAGUCGCCUACAUCGGGACAUGGUUUUAGUUUCGGAUUUGCUGAAUGUACUCAACAAGGCCUCGACCUGUUAACAGAAGGGUAUAAAUUUAAGUUUUGAGAAUACAAUAAUUCCGAGAGCAAGCGUCGUAGAUGACAAUGGGUUUGCAGACGGCAGUGAUAACCCACUGGUACAGAUCAAAAGUCUCCCUUAAUAAAAUAGCCUCUUUGAAAGUGGUUAAUUUUGAAUGAGUUAACGUGAACAAUAGGUUAUUUAUAUACGGCAAGGGAUUCCGUGUCAGCUGUAUUUUAACCCUGCGGUCACGGUGACUUACAACUUUCACUCGGCAGCGAUAACCGGUAGUUGCAGAACUUAAGGAACGAGUAUAAUUAGGUUUUAAAAAAUUUUUCUAAUUGCCGAAAAAUUUUGAGCCUGACCAUUCGUUGCAUUAGCGCUAAGUGACUACACUCUACAAGGCGCAUGCGUUCCGUGUAAAGAAAAUCCCGUAUUUUUAUAUGUCUUUAAAGAGAUAUCAUACAGGGUCCAUAAAAUUUUAAAAUGGAUGCGGACCAUCUUGUACAUCUCAUGAGGAGCAGUGGUAAACGGCCAGGUACGAUGCUAUGUGAAUGGACAUAUCGCGGUCUUAAAAAGUCUCAUAAUAAGAAAAAUUUUUUAAAACCUAAUUAUGCCCCUCCUUAAGUAUAAAAUAUAAAGAAGACGUGAUUCUCUAUUGAUUGACUAAAAGCAAGCAUAUUUUUUGUGGUUUCUAUAAAAUAUAUUUGAACUUGCAAGACCAUCGAAAAUCAAUGGUAAAAAUGCAUGCUACUUCAGCGGUCACUUUUUACCGAGCACGCUUUCUACAGGAGACUGAAAAAAAGUGCAUUUAAAGGCCGACAUCCUGCCGAGUCCGAAAUGUUAUAACAGUAUGCCUUAAGAUAAUCAGUAUCACAACCGCUACCAAGUAAUCCUCCCUAAUCGAAAACGCAUUUCAGAAUUUCAGACAACAUUUCAUGAGAUAGGUCACGCACUGUAACUGCGUACUUUAGGCCUCUGCCGAUGCUAGGAGUAUGGUGAGCAAUUAAAUAUCAGUUAAAUUUUUGUGCAUUUCUAAAUCAAAAAAUAACAUUCCUUAAAAGGAAAGGGACCCAGCAUGCACGGCCUGUUAUCUGUCGACAUCAAAUAUUUAACAUAAAUAUUUGAUAUGUUUUAGCCCACAAGUUAUCAACAAUCGACUACUACUCGUGUUUUACCGUGUCUGCGUGUGGGUCGAAUGCAGCCGCUGUGAUUAAUUAUGGAAUUUUGUUUACCCUUCUAAGACUCGCGUGUUUCCGGGUCCAUACAUACCCAUUCCUGUCAUUAUGCUUAUGUCUAUUCGGUAUUUCACCUCGCCGUUUGCUUGUCAGAGUCGGUUUGUGCAAAAGUCCCCAUUCCGCAACACAAUUAGCCUGCGGUACGUGCGACAUGAAAACUGACAAACGCUGAUAUAUUUACCGGUCUGUUUUCAAUUUCUCCUAGAUUCACAUGGCUCAAGUCCCUAGAUUGGUCUACUGGUCGGUUAAUUCUAGAGCAGAAAACGAAGAUGCGAUCACUGGAUGAAGAGAUUUAAUGGCCUGACGUUUCAGAUUCUCACUCGAAUCCGUCAUCAGAAACAAUCGCAGACGGAGGUGACGGUGGCAAAAAGAGUGCCGUAUUUAUAGCACGUAGCUGCCGCGGGAUCAUAUGCGCUCUGUAAUUAGCAGCUCUCGCAAUCACCGCUGGGAUCGUAAUUGAUGCGGUGGUGACACUUCAGUUCGAGUUGUUAACUAUCGUGAUUUUGGAAAGCCGAAAUCGACCAUUAGGUGCCUAGCAAUGAGGCCAGAAGACCCGUUUGGAGUCGUUUACCGGAUCUAGUGCAGUUGAGGACAAAGCAACUACGUAGGAGAAACUGGAAGAUUACUCCGUACGCGAAUUGCCGAGUACGCAGAAGCAGUGAGGUGAGCAGACGCUAGCUCUCAGGUGGCGGCUCAUUCGACGGUACCCGGCCAUAUUUUCAAAUUUCAAGAGGCCGAGAUCCUCGCAAGGUGUGAUAAUCGCGUGAGCCGCGAGCUGCUCGAGUCACGGUUCUCAGGCCAGCAAUCCAUCAACAAGUGCAAUUACCUCCCGGAACCAUAUUUCGUGCUGAGAUUUUCCCUGGACAGGGGAAUCAGUCACGUGGAAAGGGCGCGGGCGUGCAAUUAUCACGGUGACAGUGAGCCAAUUUGCUGAGCAAUCGUCACACCAACAUCCAGCACACAUGACGAAAUCACGAUCAUUAACGACUCGGACGCGGACUGACAAACCAUCAUCGCAUCAAUUACGACUCGAGCGGUGAUUGCGAGAGCUGUUAUUUACUUUGCGCGUAUGGUCCCACGGCAGCCACGUGCUAUAAAUACUGUACUCCUUGUGCCACCACCUCUAUCCGUGACUUCUCUGGUGAUGGAUUCCAGUGAGAAACUGAAACGUCAGGCCAAUAAAUUUCUUCCUCCAGUGAUCGCAUUUUCGUCUUCUGAACUGCUACCUGCAACUCACCUGUUCGCUUUUAUCAGUAAUUCCAGAGCUUAAUUAUUGUGCCGCAUUACGUUUGUGGCGGCCUUAAUGAUGGAUGUACCCGGCGCGCAUCAGUUGGAGGGCCAAAUAACGCUUAGCAGGACUCAGGUAGCAAUAACCGCUGUCUGGAACCGCUGGCAACGAAGCUGGAUAGCAGUGAGAAAAUGAGACGGUGAGCAAGUACACCGAACAUCGCAUGGAUGCCUAUCAGACACAAACUGACAGUUUCAUCUUCUUUGCCGUCCAUUAUCUGUUGUCGUGCGGUAUGCGAAUAGUCUUCAUUUAGUCCUCGUUGUGUCCUAAAAUUGCAUGUUUGUUCGGCGAAGUUUGAGUUCCAUCAACUGCUUCAUGGUCGCACUGAAUAGCGCGCGUACUCUUUUGAAUCAAUUCGUGAAACCUCACCUUUAGGUUAACAUUACAGGAAGGAUUGUUUUACACUCUUGCUAGGGAAUAACAUCCGCGGAUGAGAGCUAAUGUCUGAUCUUAGUGCGUUCUCUCAAGGCGCUUUUGUUUAUCGUGUUUUACAGCACCCCACACCUAAAUAUCUAUGCGUGCAUUUAACUCUGAAAGUAGGUUUCGGUGUGGAUUUGAACGGUCAAAAUAAUGCGGCCCUUAUUUCCGUGAUAAAUGGAGUUUUCUAAAAUUGCCAGCCGAACGUCAAAUAUUCAGGCGUAAAUUUCAGCAAAGUCACUUUUAAACCUUUUACUAAUUACAACUUUGUGAGUCUGUGGCCGCUAACUGCUAAAGUCUGCGCGUUUUUAAGUAUAGUUGUCUUACAGUUUGCUUCCUAUGUCAGUGUUCAGGAUUAUGUCGUCGUGUCAACAGCUGACACACAUUUUAAUUCAAGAACCACGUCGUCUGCAGAACCGAUUUUUCUAAAAGCAUACUGAUGCAAAGAUCGGUAUAAGUAAGCUGCUUGCCUUGCAGGAGCUAUACCCAAAUCUUUUAAAUAUGGUUCGGCGCAUAAAAUAAAGCAAUCAAAAUGCAUGCGUAGGUUAGCGUUUUUGUACAUACAAACGAGAGUCUAAAAGUAAUAUCUUAUACAAAAAGCACUGCUGCUUAUUUACUCAAGUUUAUCACUAGUCCUAAUUGACAUAUAAUUGCGCGAACGCUGACUAAAAUAUUUUAAUCACAGUACGUUACGGUUGUAAAAUGAAGUUGCCUGAGAAGCUCAGUGAUUGAACGGAUUUCUGUAAACGCAGCACUAACUGAUUCCAUCAGAAUACAUGAUCUGAUGCUCGUUCUUUUAUGGCGCCGUAUGGAAUGGCGGCCGCACAUUUUUUCCAUAAAAAGUUUACUAUUAACAAAAUUAAUUAUGUUCUGAAGUACUAAAUGUUUUGACGAUCUGUCACUAUUUGAUGCCAUCUGUAUUUUCUGUAAAAUAGGGUGUGCUCAUCAACAGUUUCCAGGGCUAUUGAAACCCUAGCUAGAAAGGUACGAUUUCGCGCUCUCUUCGAGCAGUCCUCUUGAUUGAUAUUCUGUCCUCUAGAAUUCAAACUAUAUGCCAAAGUCCUCCCAAAGCCUGAGCCUUAUGACCUGGGCUUUUUCAUACGAGUCAUACAGAAUUAAACUACUGUAAAUCCCCGACUUAAGGGCAUUGUGGACGGCUGUCUUUAAUAUAUAUAUAUAUAUAUAUAUAUAUAUAGUGGAUUUUCAGAUAUAUUUGGUAAUAUCCUUUGUUUUUUACACAGAUAACUAGAGGCAGUGAUUCCUCAAUUUGUGCAGGGAAAAUUGUUAGUUUUUGUAGUAGGUAUUUGAUACUCUGCUAAAUCUGACCUUUCUCAAACAGAGCCUAAAGACAGCAUAUAAUGGAACUUCGUCACUUGCGCUAUCCGACUGGAUUACUGCAUUUAAAUGUUCAUUCCUGAAUUGCAAUGAGUGACCGAUCUCAGGAAGUGUUGGCUGGAAUUCUGAAAUGCGUUUCCGAUUAGGAAGGAUUACAUAGGUGCGGUUAUAAUCGUAUAAUAUUUCAGACUUGACAGACGUAAGCUUAUGAAUGCACUGUUUUGCAAUCUCCCGUAGAAACCGUACUCGAUAAGAAAUGACUAUUUAAGUAGCAUGUAUUUUUCCCACUGAUUUUUGGUAGUCUUGCAAAUUUUAACAUAUUUUAUAGAAACUACGUUUGAUAGAGAAUCAUGUCAUUUUUAUUUUUGAUACUCGAAGAAGGAGUAUGUUUAGGUUUUAAAAAUUUUCGUAAUCCCCGAAUAAUUUAGAUCCUGAUCGGUCGUUGCAUUUACGCUUCGUGAUUUCAUUUUGCAAUGUGCAUGCGUUCCGCGUAAAUGAAAUCGUAUAUUCUUCUAGGCCUUCAAAAAGAUACUAUAUGUAGUCCGUAAAAUUUCCCAAUGGAUGCCGAUUAUAUUGUGGACUUCAUGCAGAACAGUGGUAAAAGUACAAGUAGGAUGCUGUAUGAAUGGACAUUGCACGGUUUUAAAAAAUCUCACAGUCGAAAACUUUUUAAAAACCUAAAUAUACUCUUUCUUCGAGAGUCAGAUAUAAAUUUGGCAUGAUUCUCUAUCAAACGACCGAAAGAAGGCAUAUUUUUUUCGUUUUUUCUAUAAAAUAUGUUUAAAUUUGCAAGACUACCGAAAAUCAGUGGGAAAAAGGCGUGCUACAUAAGUAAUCAUUUCUUGCCGAGUGCCGCUUCUACGGGAGAUUGCAAAACAAUGCAUUAAAAAACAAACAUCCUGCCAAAUCGGAAGUAUUAUAGGAUUAUGCUGCCAGAUAGUCAUUAUUAUAACCGCACCUACUUAAUCCAUCCUAAUCAGAGACGGGUUUUGAAAUUUUAGCCAACACUUCAUGAGAUCGGUCACUCAAUGUAUGUGAAGAUCUCUCGUCAAUUAAGCGCAAGCCAGAAUAAAUUUCGGAGGACUUACCACAAGUAAUUUGCCUGACCUGGCUGAGAAGGGCCUGGGAAGUUACAGCUUGACUUCAGGUAAAAUUCUAAACGUCCGAGACUUGAGACCCCAGACGAGAGCCUUAGGCAUAAAUGUAUUAAUCUUGAGCUACCCGCCAAACCGCUACAGCAUACUAAACCGACCAUGUCUAUUACAUGAAGCUGCAUAUCCUCAGAGGAUUUGCCAAACAAUUAAUCUAGGGUCCUAUAGAGUCAGCAACUUUUUAACAACUGGGUCGGAUUAAUUAUUUAACUGCGUUCAUCACGCAAAUAAGAUCUACAGCGUGCAAACCACACAACUCCUAAUAAAUCACGCAUCUUCAGGGUUUGUGUUUUAUUUGCAAAUUGGCAGAAACCGCCGCCCACCAUCAUGUUAUUUUAUUUCCCCUGGUUUUCAACCGUGUCGGACGACCCAGCGAAUUAUGUUAGAUUUGCAAGGCACUAGCCCCAAAUAAUUUAUCAUGAACUCAGUCGGGCCGUAACUGGCCUCAUCUGCUCUGCUGGUGCGAUGGUAGCAUACGCACGGCUGCCUCGUCGGUCGCCAAAUCGGCCUAAAACCAAGUUAAUGUAAUUAACCGGAGGGAAGAGGAUAUUAACUAACCGGCACUGCACUCGGUGCGUCCGGAGAGAAAGUGGUGGAAUCAUAUGGUAUUUAAUCGGGAGUACGACCCAACUGGAGUCGAACUAUUCUGUCCACUAUUCGGCGGUAGACCAACCGGCGCCUAUUCAGGUAGCUGGACUAUACAGCCUAAUUUCCCCCUUCCGUCCAGGUUAAAAAUCGCACUAUAAAAAAAGCAGCCUUCCCCUAAUUACAAUUAAGUUACACUCUGUUUCUCCUUCUCCGACUCAUGCCGCAAAAAAGGAAACUGCGAAUGCUUUCCGCGAUGUCCAUCGGGCUCGCGGAAGUUACUUCAACUCGCUUUUCCGACUCCCAGGCGUCGGAAGAGCUCUGAUGGACAGCAAAAACAAAAUAGCACUUAAAAGGAGCGUUCGCUGAAGGACAAAUUGCCUGACAGACAGUCAGAUAGAAAUGCUUAAUCUUAUUAGUUUAGAAAACGGUGGGUUUCUGACUGCCACACAAAAGCAACUGGUACUCUGAUGUUUCCGCUUGACUGAUUUUUAAUAAGUGACAAGAGUCUAGAACAAUAUGCUCUCGAACACUGACUAUAAAUGACUGCAUAAUUCUUUACGUUACCGACAGCACGGGCAGUAGGUAACUAAACGCUCAUAGCUAGUAACUGCGUUGUCAACAUAGUAUGUAAUAACGCAGUUCUAGAGUACUGACUUCUUGUUCGCAGCUUGUGAAUGAUUGUGAGUUUAGAUAUUCAUAAACACUAUCGGAUCGAGACUGAAAAGUUCUCUUCCAAAGGAAUUACUCUACGUUCACGCAUUACUUGACUCGUAAAUUAAAUGAGCACUACAUAUAAGUACACAAGGCUCGCUAACAAUUUUGACAAGUUAACAGGUCAUGCGUGCUAUUUUGAAUACAAAAUUUAUUCCCUAGGCAAGAUAAAUCGUUUCUGUUGUCAGAUCCAUACGGUCCUUUGCCUUUAAUAAGCUAUUACAUUCAUUUAUUUAUCAGUUGGAAAAGGUUUCGCCAGAGCCGCCUUGUUUCUUCGCUAAUCAAAAACAUAGUAACUUUUAGCCAUAUUUCGACGGUCCGCAAAUCUAGAAUUACCCCGGUUACACUGAUCGAGACUUAAGUAGAUGACUGUUUGCUGUAAUACCGGCAGGUUUAAUCAGUUUGCGUUUGGCGUACGUUAACGGCUCCAGGGUAAGAUGUAACGGCACAUGAAAGUUAACUGCGGAAUGGGUGACAAAUACUCCCGUUUAACUUAUAACCGCUCAAUGCCUAACUAGCAAUCUUCGAAGUAAAGAAAACAGGGGGUCGAAUACUGGAACACUUUGUUUACUGUUCUGAGCUUACAAAUCCGUGCAGGAGUCCAUUGUCAGAGAUAGUAACAGAAACAGAACAACAGUUGGGCGAAAUCAUGGUCACCUUCGACGUGACGUCGUUCUUUUUAUCUACAAUGCAUGACCGAUCUCAUGAAAUGUUGACUAAAAUUCUGAAAUGCCUUUUCGAUUAGGAAGGAUUACUUAAGUGGGGUUGUUAGACAGAUUAUCAUGCAGCAUAACCCUAUAACAAUUCGCACUCGCCAGGAUGUCGGCUUUUGAAUGCACUUCUUUUGGACUCCCUGCAGAAACCACAUUUGGCAAAAAAAGACUACUUAUUUAGCAUGCAUUUUUCCUAUUGAUUUUCUGCUAUCUUAUAAAUUCGAAUAUAUUUUACAGAAAACACGCACAAAAUAUGCCUUCUUUUGCUCAUUUGGUAGCAAAUCACAUUGUCUUUAUAUUUUUUGUUUGAAUAAAGUGUAUAUUUAGGUUUUAAAAAGUUUUUAAUAAUGAUAUUUUUAUGACCGUGCGAUGUUUAUGCAUGCAAGACGGCACAUGUCGGUUUACUAAUGUUUCUCAUGAAAUGUACAAAACAGUCCGGAUUCAUUGCAAAAUUUUAUGAACUCUACGUGGUAUUGUCUUAAAGGAAUAGAGGAAUAUAUGAUUUUCCUUACGCGGAAUGCAUGCAUCCUGUAGACUGACAGUGCCUAUCGCUGAUGUAAUGGCAGAUCAGGUUGAAAAUUAUUCGGGAAUCGGGAAACUUUUUUAAAAUCCUCCUAAUCGAAAAGGCAUUUCAGCAUUUUGGUCAACAUUUCAUGAGAUCGGUCACGCACUGUGUCUCACCGGAAUAGGCCCGCAAAGUCCUGCGCAAAAGAUUUGAAGAGGAUUACGAUGAGACUCAAAAUGCACUGAAAACUGAACACCUUAUCAGACUGUUUGAAUUCUGCAAAUAAACUUUUGUUGGAUGACAUAUGAACAAACCCAGGGAGCUCCAAUGGGCUCACCUGUCUCCGCUUUUGUGACAGGACUGGUCAUGCAGGCGUUUAAAAAGGCCGCAUUCAUCCAACGUGAGCCAGCAUUUUGACGAUGUUGCAUGGCAACACGUUUGUUAUCGAGCUACAACAUUUCCACAACAUGCCCAACGCAGUCUUUCCUGAUAAAAAAAUUCACCAGGAAGAAGAACAGUUUCAACAGUUGCCUUUCCUGGAUGUGCUCUUCAGAGGGAACUUUAACUGUGAACUUGAAAUGACGGUUUAUUGGAAGGCAGUGAACACCACAUAGCUUCUCAGUUUUCACAGCCACCGUUCGGUGGCUCACGAAUGAAGCUGUGUGAAGGCGCUCUUCAAACGGAUCCAAACUCAUUGCAGCAAACCGGAGGACAGAGCACGUGAGGCCCGUUAUCUGCGCGACCCGUUUGUGCAAAAUGGUUAUUCGAAAGCAUUCAUAAGUCGCUGCCUACGCGGUCACACCUAGAGGACUUGAACACCACCACGGAUGAUAUGGCAUUCCCUGAUAUAGAGUAGAUGUGCUAACUCAUGAAAUGUCAACCAAAAUUUCGAAAUGCGUUCUCGUUUCGAAAAGAUACAUUAGGUAGUGUUGUAAAACUAAUCAUGAUGCAGCAUGAAUCUAUAAUGAUCCAUGAUCAAGGACGUUUCAGAAGCAACCGGGCGCAGUACUGCAGAGCUAGGUGUUGGAAUUGCACACCACCCCAAAUCCGCCAAGCGCAGUGGGGUAAUGAAAAUUAAAUACCGGUUAAAGUCUGAGGAGCAAUCUGGAGUAGUGCAUCUCAUCCCGUGCCAAAACUACGCAGACCAGACUGGACGCAAGCUCGGAUCGCGCAUACAAGAUAACAAACUGGUUUUGCGACGAGGCGACACCCUAUCACAAGUGGCCGCCCAUACAUGCGAAACGGGUCGUGAGUUUAAUUUUGCAGCCACCAAAAUAGUCGCCCACGCCGGAAACAAAACAGGCGGAGAAUUAAUUGCAACCUGGGCUUAGGAUGAACACUCAGUCAAUCGACUUGUCGAUCUGGCGCCUUCAGUUGACGAUAGCUUAACACGCCCCAUAACCGUCGCUUGUUUUGUUGCUGCUCCCAUCUCUGACGAUGGACUCAUGCACGAAUUCGGAAGCUCAGAAGAGUAAAAAAUGUUUCAGCGCUCAAUCUUUUUCUUCUUCUUCUUCUUCUUCACAUGUGUUUUCAUCUGGAACUCGAACUAUGGCCUUCAAUCGUGGGGUUUCGAUGUCUAGGGAUUUUUUAGACUGGGAUCCAGGUAAAACAAGUCAACACUCUUAAAUGCAUUGCUGUCCGGAUCAGAGAAGCGGUUUAAAAUAGCCGCUAAGUACUUCAGAAUAAAUCGAAUACUUUGCAAGGAAAACAUCUACGUAGACAUCAAUACCAUAUUCGUUCUAUUAACCCGAUGCAGAAGAAAUUCUAGACGAAAGGCAGUUAAAUGACAGAUGCAUAGACCGAUGCCUAAUGGUUGCGGGUUAAUACGGUCUUUACUUAGUCGAAGAUAAUCAUGACCACCAUCGACAUUUCGCCCGUCGUUGCCGAAGAUGUUCACUGUGUGCCCCAGAGCAAGGUGGAGCAGGGAUGGUGACUUGCGCGUGAAUUUAGUUUAGAAGGCUUGGGCAGCGUCUACCGCCCUCUCUCCUUCUCCACCUGGACCCGGUGCCAAGACAGAGUCAGGGAGACUAGAGGCGGGGAAGGCGCAACUAGAUGGCACGGCCGAACUCGCACCUCAGCGCUCAACUCCACACCCCUGGUCCCCACAACAAAUGACCGAAUUUUCGACCAACAGCAAAAUGGUGGCUGACACGACCGAAACCGCACCUAGCCAUUCGUCACACCCGGCUCGUAUCCCACACAGCGGGAGUGCCAUAAAGGCCACAUUACAAAGGAGCCAUCGCUGCCUGACUCUGCAACCACCAGUCAGCCGCUCCAAACAAACCCACAACACUAGACCCACUCCAGGGUUCAAGUUAUCCCGUCAAUUGACGACCUUCCAAGCCGCAGUCGUUAGCGCAGCAUGAGAGCUUAAAACGUGUCAAGAAAAUGCGCUGAAUCGACGAGCUCACUCUCCUCUCCCAUUCCUAGGCCCCAGCCACUGUCCGAUCCGGUCAGCUGAUAGGGUGCCCGGAAUGGGCACAAUGGCUGACAAAGUCUAGCAAUCUUGUCUGCGCGCGCUACACGCACGACAUGGCCUCCCAAACGGCAGCACCAGUAUUUCACACAAAGGGGUUGACCGGCGUACAUCACACAAGCGUGAGGAUGCAUGGACCACAAACUGGAGCAUGCACAACCGGUGUCUACCACCGGACCGAAGUUUACCAGCAUCUUUUCUGUCUUUUCAAAUCGAAAACAAAUUACAGAAGUGUGUUUUACGGUCAAUGGGAUCCAAACUUGACGACAUAUGUGUCUGCUUGCGCCAGAUCCUAUUGCUAAUCUUCUUGAAAUUCAUUUGACGCUGGGUCGAAGAGACUGGGGAAAACGACAAUAUGGUAGCCCACUAAUUCGCGAUCCCUGCACCCUCCGCAGAGUGGAACUCAUAGGUAACAACGACUGAUUUGUCGUCUCUGUGUGUUUAGAUUUUAUUCCAUUUAGUUUGGAAGCAAUCGGCUACUGAAAUCUCUCAAUACUUAUAAGGGAGAUUUAAUUUACAGUAGACCACAAAGCAUAUAAAUAUUGGUUGGAGUAUAACAUACGAUUUCAAAUAAGCCGGCGGCUUCAAAAGAAUCUGGCACACAACCCCGAAUAAAUUCAAACCGCUUUGUAUUUUAACUGUUUUAUAUCUCAGUACAUUGACUAAAUAUCAAUUGCAAAAAAAUAACCUUUUUGAAACGCACUUCCCUAAUGAUUCUCUGGACAAAUUCGAAUUCGUAAUUUUUUUCCAAAAAAGGAAAUUCUGUGUCAUUCACUACCGGUCGCUUCCGUAACAUGCGCAAGCUAAAGGCCUAUAGACACCUGCGUUCUUAUGUCAUUUUUUGCAUUAAAUUUGUCAAAAGUAUAUACCACGCGCAUGUUACAAAUUAACAUAUCUUAUGUGUCCAGCAACUCGACCAAAAAUCCCAUAAAUAUAGCUAUUUAAUUAAACAUCCUGGUUUCUGCAAUCUACGCAAGAAAAAUGAUUAAUUUGCGCACUUCUAAAUGAUAUGUAAUAAAUGCGCAGUUUUCAGUCUGUGCGAAUAUGCGUGGCAGUCUGCGGCAAUUUCACAUAAAAUUUAGGUUUGCACGCCGAAACACACCCCCCCCUCUUCCAUAACCAAAAAUUCGCACAUACAGUGCGUAUUACGUGAAGUCAUUUUGUUUACCAUGGUUCACAUUAUGCAAGUCUUCCUCGUGGUAAGAAUUAAUCCACGAAAAAAAACCAGCUAUUUUUUCUGGAAAUUGGAUUUCCUCGUAAACAAGAAGAUGCAGAACCAUAUUUUAUUUCGCAUUUGUCGAUGGUGUGAUGCGUUUUUCAAAAUCAACUCAUCUAACGAAUAUAACAUGUAAUUUUUUAAGAUUAUUUAAGACGGAUACCAUGUCCCACAAAAUUCUGCCGUUUAAUCCAGUUUUGUAGGUGUUUUGAUUAUGGUUGUUGGUGUUGAUGCAUUUCUUGCCAGAUAUAUGCCUUUUUAAAUGGAAGAAUACCGCACUUGAUUUCCCUGUAAGUAGGCAGCCUAUCGUUGAACGUCAGGAGAAAAUAAUAUCAGAUAAAGCAUGAAGGGGACCUUUGGGCGAUUUGUUCCGACUUCUCCAUUCGCAAUCACAUUCUCUGCUCAUGCAUAUCACGACGCAGUGUCCUCAAAGUCCUUCAUCUGCAUGUCAGAAACAUAAGUGAUAUGGAAGACAGAAAGAGGGUGAUUAGGGAGUAGAGAGGCAGGUCUUUUGCGGCGAAUCUUUCAUUUACCGAAAAAAGCACUUUGGCAUCAUGAACGUCAAUUGUGUUACACUACGCGCACUACGCAACACUCGAAUUCUCUUCUACAGUGGGCUUAUUCGGUCGGGCCCAUAACCUUAUAACUAAAAGUAAGUUCGUACAUUAUCAUAUGCUUGGCUGUCCAUCUCUGAACUCGUGAAAUCUCUGGAUGAUUGACCAAAUGAGCGAAAUGCUUGUUUAUGUCUGCCAGAUCGAUGACGGAAAGCAAACUAGAAGUCUUGAAGAAGGAGACAUGAUCGCUGAGACAAUAGCUUUAAUAGCCUGGCGUUUCGGCUUCCUUCUCGAACCUAUCAGCAGAGACGAAAGUAGAUAGGGGUGGUUUAUGCACAAGGGGCUGCAGUAUGUAUAGGAUGCAGUCGCCAUGUUCCCGCAUACAUAUGAACAUUCCCCGCCCCCCACCCCCUCAUCAAGGAUCGCUGAGCUUGUUAUGCUGACAAAUUGAUAGCCGAUAUUCACUUCGUUAAUUGCUGAAAUUUUAUCACGUACGUCGGAUGUUGGUGUGAUGAUUGCUCGAUUAUCUGACCCACCGACCCUGGCGUUAGGAUGAGUGUUCACAUGUGCCGUCUACUCGUGGCUAAUUACUCUACCUGGGCAAAGUCUUAGCACCGAGUAUGGAAGGGGAAGGUCAUUGCACUUGCUAAUGGACAGAGGAGCAGUAAACUAUGAUUCAACCAGCUCACGCGGUUGUCCGCUCUAUUGAGAACGUCGGCCGUAACUUGAGAGCUGGAGUCAUUUCUCUUCACCGCUGCAGCGUGUUCGUCCAUUCGCGUUCGGAGCUGUCUCCCGGUUUCUUCGGCGUAAUUGUAUUGCCCGCAUCUGCACCAGAUCCAAUAACCGACUCCAGACGUUUUUUGCUGUGGCAGCGGGUUCUUCGGUUUCAUUACCGGGCGCCUGAUGGUUGUCUUUGGCCUGUGUGCAACUCCAAUCCCAACUGGUGCGAGAAGGCGGUCGACAGCUUCCGAAAUGUUCUCGACAUACUGACGCGCUUGCCAAAAUUUGGGGUCCGUGAGGUUUGGCCUAUUCAGCAGUUUUUUCAGUGGACCGUUAUUUGAUUACAAGACGCACAGUUUUUCUCGAUAUACGCCCCGGAGUGCGGUCACGCCGGCAAUAUAUUAAGAUACUGAAGGAGGAAGCAUACCGAAAACUCUGGUCGUGCUUUUUCGUUUGGUGAAACUGAAGCGGCUAAUCAUUCUAAGAGGAAGUCCUGCAGUUUACAUGUUCCACUUCAUCUGGCUGCCCUCAUCUUUAAGUUGACAAUACAUUAUACGAGAAUAUUAACCAGUCAUUGCGCGGUUGUUUGAGAAGGAUUCAGAUGUUUCUCCUCCGCUGUUUGACAUCUAUCAUGAUUUUACAAGGAUAGCGUUCCGUCAUGCCUUAUUGAAAGUUACCUGGUAGAUAACUGUGGAGUCAUGAAUGAUAAAUUCUCGGAAGCCUGAUAAUUCCUGUUCGCAGUUAACUUAAAACUGUGAAUUUUGUUGGUUGGUUACUUCACCGCGCAAAACAUACGUAAGCCCGGUUUCUGUCGCCGCAUUGACUGACAUUCAUGCGAUGCAAUUCACGCUGUGUUUGAGAGAUGCUAUCACUGCCUCAGCAUGCCUCUUUGGUAACUCCAUGUUUUUGCUUCUUAUCUGGACAAAGCCAAGAAAGGCGUAAUGUUGCCAGCAUUUUAUCCGUUUUUGUGAGCAGUAAAGAAAGAUGGAAGCAUGCGGACAUUGGCAAUUUCUGCAUGCCACUCACUUCCUCUCAUGUUGUUUCCUGAAACAUCCUCUGAAGCAGUUCGCUUCAUUGAGUAACCAUCGACGCGUUAUCGCAUAGAUGGCGAUGGACGAGAAAACAGUCGUGGGUUAUGCUCUUUAGAACUUAAGCCGGCACUUAUAAUUCAGAGCAAUCUAAUAACCGCACAGUAGCGCAGCAAGUCAAGCGUCCAACGCUUCCCUAAGUGAAAGGCCCCUUUCAGUUUUCGGGGUCGGAAACGGAGAUCAAAUAAGCUCUCACCACACCGGUGGCCAGACAUUUAGAGUGGUGGUAGCGCACAUUGCCCCGUUAAGUCAAAAUUCUAGUAGAACCCCAAAGCAUUUGCAGAUUUCAAUGCAAGCAAAUGGGUACUCAGUCCAACAGUUGGAAGCGUCUGACGGUUGCGUGUUACUUCACUUUUUUCUCGAGAUACUUCCGUCCCAAUGAGAUGCGCCUCAAACGCGGAUAUAUAUAUAUAUACGAUCCAUCCCAGUGUACAACGCGUGGAUUCGCGUUAAAUACCAGGGGUCACUCGUCAUUUCUCCUACCCCCAACUCUCAAGCAAACCCAAACUUUAAGUAUACCCCUAAUCCCAAACUUAAAUUUAACCUCAACUAUAACCUUAACUUAAGGCCCAACAACGACCUUGACCCUGACCCUAACGCAAACUAACCUAUCCCCCUCCCAGAGCACCAAACCUAACCGUCUAAACACGAACCUCCCCUGAAGUUAACGCAAGGUAAUUUUUAUGGCGGUCCUCAGAAACGUGCUUCUGACAUGAACGGUGAUUAUUACUGUAUAAAGGCUUUAGAAGAAUGCCUGUUCAUCAUAUUGCACUAGGUCAUAUGAUCUUGUCGUUUCACAUAGCUGACUGGAGAAAGGUGAAUGGCAGUAGUUCUUCCAUUUAAGUACUCUAAUGAUACGGAUUUGCAGCUCAAGGGAACAAAAGUAUUGCCUGCUUUAAUCAGACGCUCAAAGUGUUCCAUUUAAGUUAUGAUAUUUUUUUCACUUCAGCGCGACAGAUCAGGUGAGAGAUUGUUGGGCUUAAAAUAUUCUCGUUUUCCUAAUAGAUUUCGAUCAACAUUCAUGAUCGCCAAUUUUCGGUACUAUUUCAUUUAAUACAAGUUGGAAACAAGGCCGGCGUCAGUUACAAUUAAUACCCUCCCAGUCUCGUGAGACAUUAUAACGUGAACUAAAUGACUAAAGUAGUCGUCGGCACAUCUGAAGUCAUCGCCUCGUGCUGAAUAUUGAAAAAACUGACCUUCAAGUUAAAUUGAUCAAUUCCAAUAAUGUCAGCAGUGUUCGUGCGCCCACAAAACAAAGACACCAAUUAAACGCGUUUAUGUUCGGCCGCAAAUGCGAAAAUCAUGAAGCGGACAUCUGACCCCCAGUAGAUGUCCUAUUUCAUGAAAUGUUGAUCCACAUACUGAAAUGCGGUUUUGACUCUAAAAGGUUGUAAUAAUAAUUGUCAUUAAGCAUAAUCUGAAAGCAAUGAAGUCACAGCAGGAUGUCAGCCGUCAAGCGAGCUUCUUUCGGGCAACCUGCAAGUACUGCAUUACAUAAAAAUGGAUACUUAAAUAGUAUGAUUUUUUUAUUGGUUUUCGAGACCCUCGUUAAUAUGAAUAAAAUUCACAGAAAGCAUAUACAAAUUAUUCGUUCAUUUUUCAUUUGUCAAGGAAGUACUCCUUUUUCAAAUUAUUAACAUAAGAAGGUUUACGAUGAUGAAAUCUUUUAAGUUGGGGAAACGCCAAUUUAUAUAAUAUCGUGUCGCUACAUUUACCAGUGCUGCUUGAAAAAUAUGCAAUACGGAACAAAAAAACCGACCAACGCUACCUGAUGCGUUAACUGUGACGUAGAAACCGCAUGAAAGAAACACCGUUUUGCGUUCAGCCUAAAAUGCUUUACUGAUCAAGGUAUUGCAGCCCAUUCAUAUUAUUGCGUUUUCCAUUUUCAGUGUGUUCUUACGCUUCGAAAGCUUACGGCUUUCCUUUCCUGAGCCACUAACAAAUUAACGAAUACUACCCGAGGUACCAGAGACUUCGGUUUAAAGCAAGAAUGCACUAGGUCAUAUGAUAUUGUUGUUUCACACAACUGAAUGAAGAAAGAUGAAUGGCAGUAGUUCUUCCAUCUAAGUACUCUAUUGAUACUGAGCUGCAACUCAAGGUUCAAGGGAACAGAAGUCUUGCCUGCUUCAAUCAGACGCGCAAAGUGUUCCAUCUAAAUAAUGAUAUUUGUUCUCACUUCCGCCCGACAGAUCAGGUGAGUGAUGUUAGGCUUAAAAGAUUCUUAUUGUGCAAAUAAAUUUCUAUCUACAUUUAUGAUCACCAGUCUUCGGUACUGUUUCGUUUAACAUAAGUUGGGAACAAGGUUGAAAUCAGUUACAAUUAGUAGCCUCCCAGAUUAGAGAAGGGUAUGCCUCGAGUCUCCCGAGACAUUUAAAAACUAAAGUUAAAGUGAUAAAUUCCGAGAAUGGCAGCAGGAUUCGUGCGCCCAUCAAAUAUAAACAUCUAUUAAAAGUGUUAAAUCUCGGCCGUCAGUAGAUGCGCUAUUUCGUGAAGUGUCGACACAAAUUCUGACAUGCAGUUUUGACUCUCAAAGAUUACUUAAUAAGGGUUGUAAAAAUAGUUGCCAUGCAAUACAGUCUAAAAACACUUAAGGCACAGCAGGAUGUCAGCCGUCAAACGAGAUUCUUUGCGGUCGCCAGCAAGGAUUAUACUCUGUAAAAAUGGGUACUUAAGAAUAACCAUUUUUCAUUGAUUUUCAAUCUCCACGUAAGUUCAGAUAAAAUUCACAGAAAACAACUACAAAUUAUUCGUUCUUUUUUCAUUUGUCAAGGAAGUACCUCUUUUUAAAAUUAUAAACAUAGAAGGUUUCCGAUGAUGAAAUUUUUUCAAGUCCGGGGAAUGCCCGUUCGUAAAACAUCGUGUCUUUACAUUCACCAGUGCUGCCUAAAAAGUAUACAAUACGGAUAAAAAAUACCGACCCUUUCGUGAUGAAUGCGUGUACUGUAUCGUAGAAACCGACUGAAAGUAACAACUUUUGCGUUCAGCCCAAAAUGCCCUAGUGACCCAGGUAUUGCAGCCCGUUCAGUCUAAUUACGUUCUUCAUUAACAAUGUGUUUUAAAGCAACGAAAUCUUACGGCUUUCUUUUCCUGAACCAUUACACAUUAACGAAUAAUGCCCGAGAUACCAGAGACUUCGGUCCAAAUCAACUUGUCCAUAUGAUGUAAGACGUCAUUUUUUUUCAAAAUUGAAACUUCACUUUGCCUGUGUCGAGGAGCUAGGAGAAACAUUCGUGCGCAUUUUCGGUUGAAUCGCCCCGUGAAUUGAGGUGGACAUUUUGCAUCUCAUUCGCCAACCGGGUCCUUCGUUUAAUUUUAGCCGGCUUCGAAAUUAAGACAUAGCAGCACAAUCCUGUAACGCUGGCUUCUCAGGCAAUGCGGAAAUUUGGCUGCUGUUACCGUGUUUUUCAUUGCCCCUGUGCAGGAUGAAAUUCAAUUAAAAAUUCCCUUUCACCUGCAGACUCAAUGUUGUCUCUUCUCUUCGCUGUGAUCUCAACCUUGCAGCUUUUACGUCGGAAAUGGCGUGAUGAGAUCCGACUUUUCUGACGAGCAACGGAGGAAGAGGAUGCUUUUUAGACAACGUGCAGCGAGUUCACAUUUUCCCGAGAGGGAACUGACUCGGAAUGAUUUCGAUUUUACGCUGUGUAAACGUGAACAUAAAUGUAGAUCAAGCUAGCAAAUCUUAACAACUCAAGUGCAAUGUAAUCUGCGAGAACAUUUUGAUAUGAUUAUAAAUCUCUCCCGAAAGUACUCUAGUAAACGCAAACCUGGAGAAUGUCCCCUCUUUGGAUUUACACUGAAAGUUAUUUAGUGCAUACAGUGUGAAACAUCUUUCACGCGCGCCUGAACAUAAUCUCAACGUCGGUAGUUCUUUGAGGACGAUAUCCGCCGUGGGGUAGACCAUGCAGCAGAAUGAGGUCAGAGGUGGUGAGUUAGUAUAAAGAGAUAGUAGACUUGCGCUGCAUCUACCGCACUCUCUCCCCCACAUCUAACAAAACACGGUGUCACCACAAAGUCAAUAAGACUGAAAGGCGUAGGUGACUGGCAUGCAGGUACACCCCUUGCCCACAAAGAACACUGUCCAGGGCGCAUCGCACCCAAAUACAUUGCCAAUAGAAGUAACGAGACGAGUCCCAGGAAGUAGUCUUGCAGAAGGAGACACGAUCGCUGGGACAAGAGCUUUAUUAGCCUGAAGUUUCGGAUUCCUGCUCGAACCUAUCAUCAGAGACGAAAGCAGAUAGGGGUGGUUCAUGCACAAGGGGGUGCAGUAUUCAUAGGAUUCGGUCGCCAUGCCGCCGCAUACCUAUGAACAUUCAUGGCUUCCCCCUUCAUCCCGGAUCGUCACACUUGUUGUGUUAAGUGUUUGAUGGCAGACAUUCGCGUUACUGAUUGCUGCAAUUUCAUCAAGUGCUUUGGAUGUUGAUGUGAUGAUUGCUCGACCGUCUGACCACCCGAUCCUGGAGUUGGGAAAAGUGUUCACCUGUGCGCAUUCAGCGUGCCUAAUUACGUCGCCUGGACGAAAUCAUGCGUCAGGUAAUGAAAUCGAAUGACCCGCUGCCACGGCAUACAAAGGUCUAGGGUCGAUUAUCGGAUCUGGUGCAGUUGCUGCCAAAGCAACUACGUAGGGAAACCGUAAGACAGCUCCGAACGAGAAUGACCGAACACGUUGCAGCGGUGCGGAGAAAUGACGUCAGCUCUCAAGUUGCGGCUCAUUCGACGAGAUCCGGCCACGCAUUCAAAUUCAACGAGGCCGACAUUCUCGCUAUAGCUGGCAACCACCUGAGCCGGGAGCGGCUUGAGUUAUAGUCUCCCGCCCCACCCCCCCCCCCAGGUGUAAUGACCUCCCCCUCCAUAUUCGACGUUGAGACUGUGCCUAGGCAGAGUUAUUUAUCACCUGGGAAGCGCAUAGGCGGACAUUGUUCCCAAUCCUAGGUUCGGUAGGUCAGAUAAUCGAGCAACCAUCACACCUACAUCCAAAGCACUUGAUGAAAUUGCAGCAAUCAGUAACGCGAAUGUCUGCCAUCAAACAUUUAACACACCAAGUGCGACGAUGCCGGAUGAAGGGGGGAGCCGUGAGUGUUCAUAGGUAUACGGCAACAUGGCGACUGCAUCCUUGUGCAUGAACCACCCGUAUGUGCUUUUGUCACUGACGAUGGGUUCGAGCAGGAAUCCGAAACGUCAGGCUAAUAAAGCUCUUGUCCCAGCGAUCGUGCUUCCGUCCAGGGCCUCGCAAAACAAGAAAAACAGAGUAAGGCACUUUUACUAAUUGCCGCGACGUGUGUCCCCACAGUAGCAACGCCCUACUGCUCUUAGUUUAGUUCAGAUGUUGGUCCAGCGCGUCUGUCUCGUGACCGUUUAGGACCAUACCAACUUAAAACGGACAAAAAUCAAGUGAUUUAGCGACUUUAGUAAUCGAUGACUCGCGUUCAGCGGUUUUGCCUUGCCUCCUCGUAAAAAUUGGGGGACUGUUGUUUUUCGGCUUCCGGCAUCCGGUCUGCCUGACAGCGAAGGUCGCAUGUACAGAGUGCACUCAGUCGGUUCAGGGGUGCCGAUGGAUGCCGCCGUAUGAACUAGGUCCGAAUAAUCCAUGCCAAAGUGUGCGCAUUUCUGGUCCCAGUUAUGGAGGCCGGAUUUGGAACCAGGCUUUAGGGCUGUUUGCUCUGCGAUUGCCAAAUCUGGUAACUAAGUCUUUAUUUGCAGCACUCAUAUGAGAUUUUGGAAUGAGCGCAUGAUCGACCAGCACGGUAGGUCAGAGAUAGCGAAUUCUUCGUGGCAUAUACAUCCUAGUUGAUGUGUUCGUAGUGAAAGAAAUGUUUUGCCGGUCUUUCACUUGAAUAUGGCCAUCCGAUUAUGGAGGAAGUUACUCGUCAUAGUUGUGUCAGUAUUAGUCAGGCAUACGUCACCGUUCACCAUUCGGGACAUAUAAACCAAACACUGCCAAUCACUAAUUCCCUCGGACUGGUCCAUUUCGAGUCACAGUAGUAUUACUAUGUCUUGAAAUACUUGGGUUGGAGUAUUCAAUGCCCCUUAGACAUUUCCAUUCCAUCCGCCUCUCGUUUGACUCCCGGGCAGCAAUAGAAGAGAUGACGCGGUCAGCUUAAUGAGAGCUGUAUUUUAAAAGACAAUUUGGCGAGCAUACAUAAGCUUUCGAUGAAUUCUCAUCAGGUAUAUACAUUUAUAUUGCUAUCGAGGUGACUAAAAAGAAGAUGCAGGUAAACAGAAGUUUUUUUUCUGCAGCUGGGGUUUGGGGGAAGGUCUGGGUGGGUGAGGUGAAAAGCAAAAUUGCCGUCAGCGUCGGCGCCUCUGCUUUGUUUGCUUAUUAUUUCGAUUGCACACACUAAACCAUCAUCAGAGAACACAUAUGUUAAGGGCAACGGAUGAUUAAGGGCUGCAGCCAUUAUAGGAUUCAGUUACCACGCUGUUCCAUGUCUAUCAGCACUUGGGAAGGAGAUGGUCGUAGACUGCCGCACUCGUAGUAUCCUACAGGCCAGAAACUGUCUCUAUUGCGGUUCCACUCUGUAAUUUUAUGGCUGAGUCCCAUGCUAUUGGCCCGCAAACAUGUAAACUAGCUAUGCUUGUCACACUUGGCUCACUGUGUGGUCAUGUGCCUCCGAUCCGGUUCGCGCACCGACUGAUCACACAUCCAAAACGGAAGGAGCUCAGCCAGUCCCGUUUUCAAAAGGCCCCAGACAUGCCAGGCUCACACGGUAUUUCCCGAACGGUCGCCUUGUUGGUUAAGCCUAUGGCCAGCAGAUUCUAAGCCAAUAUACUGACGUCCCAAACUAGCUGUAAACGGGCAUUUUUCAAAAAUCCCCUCCGCAGCAACAGUUCCGUACAUCCGCAGAUUAAUAUCGCAAAAUGAGACAUCAACUUUCGUCAUUUUCACAUCGAGAGUCUCCAUCAAGUCUCCAACAUUCUGGCAGCUAAAUACGAAACUUCGGGUCAAUCGUUGUGUGCCAGAAUAUUAAACGCGAAAUACUACUCGCUAAAACACUCCAUUUACUCAUCAUCAGCCGAGAAACUACGCGACCUCCCCACCCAACGGCACGGGGAAAAGCAGGUCGACAUGAUGUAGGGACAGCGACCUUUUUACCUCCUCACUGACAAGAAGAGGAAUGAGUAGAGACAGUCAUAACACCUGAGGUGGAUGAAAAAUCUUACCGUCGAGCGCAAGUUCGCAACUCUCUUGCAACAACUCGCGCAACACCUAGCACUUGGAGUAUAGAUAUUCCUAGUCAUUUAUUGAGGAAACACCGUAGAACGGACUGAUUUUUCCGUCACAAACAUGACAGUGAGAACUUCUGAUCCCCUGGGAAUCAGUAGAAAAAAAGAUGCGAUCGCUGGAGCAGUAGGUUUAGUGACCCGAUGUUUCAGAUUCUAACUUGAACACCUUAUCAGGGACUGUAGCAGGUAAGGAAUGCGAUCACACAGAGUGCAGUAUAUGUAGGCCGCCGUUGCCAAGCAACCACAUGCCUCAUCCGUUUCUGAGGUUCGAACUUGUUGCGACGAUGGUUUAUUAAUCGUUUACUGUUAGUCGUUAAUUGCCCUCGCGGGUACUUGGUGUGUCAACUACUCGGCCACUCGGCCAGUUGUCACUGGAAUUGCCCGGCGUCUGCGCCCACCCAGCAUGACUAUUUUUUCUGCCUGGGCACCCUCCGAUCACAGAAGACGGGACCGGGAGGUCGUUGAUGGCGGGGAGCCGGAGAAGCAUGAUCCAAUCAGCGCGCGCCCCAUGCAUUUGUCGCCCCUCGCGGUUAUCACCUUUUACAUCUUUCACCACUGUGACUUGCAUACAGUCAGGGUCCUCGAGUGGCUACAGCAUGCGUUUAUUAAACCUCGAGGAUGCUCACAACACCGUAAUCAUUCAAUAAACUCGCCCAGUGGACACCGAUCGGCUUUCAUGCGAUGUCUAUUCACUCGCACACACGCGGACCUAACCAACCGGCGCGCGUGCAAGUCCAGAGCUGACUUGGCGUCCGGGUACCCUGAACUGUAGGGAGCUUCUGAUCAGAAUGCUGUGCCUCCUUGUCCACAGGGGGUGAAAGGAUCCUGAUUACUGCGGAGGUUGGGGAAAAUCAGCAACACUUCAGGCUUAGUAGUCACGAUGUCAGGGUUUCACUGAUCUGGAUUGCGGGUUACGGUUGUGUCAAAACAGUAAAAUGUGGCAAUUCGUCAUAGCAGACUCGAUUUCCUUUUCAGUACUGCUCUAAGUGGCAUACAGACUAAUAACCUGCACGAAAUAAUACAAUCCAUGAAAAUGUAUAAUUUAAUCAAUUAUCAUCAGUACUAUUCACUGCUGCAGUAAGUGGGCUAACUCAUGAAAUGUCCACAGAAAUUACUAAAUGCGUUUUCGUUUCGCAAAGAUUAAUUCAGCAAGGCUGUAAAACCAAGCAUCGUGCAGAAUAAUUCUAGAAUAAUUCAGUUACCCCAGGGGGCCGGGUUUCGAGAAAACUUCCUUCCGCCUGCUUCUAAAACCAUGCUUCGUAUAAAAUGACUAAUUAAUAAGCGUGCAUUUUUUAUUGAUUUUCGAUAUCCUUAAAGAAUCAAUUAUAUUUAAUGGAAAAUAUGCAUGCAAAUAUUUACCCCAUUGCUCGUUCGGCAGAAAAUUCGUCUUCUUUUAAUUUUACACGCGCUCAAAGGGUAUAAUUCAGUUUAAAUAAACUUUUCCAAUUCCCGAAUAAUUGUGAACCCGACCUGCCUUUACACUUGCAUUCAGGGUGCCUAACCUACAAGCAGUAUAAUUUCCGCGAAUGGAGAACCGUGCAUUUCUCCACCGUAUUAAAAGGACAUCAUAUGGGGUUAAUAAAAGUAAGCAGUGGAGUUGAGUCGCAUUGUUAACUUUACCAGCCACAUUGGUAAAUGCAGAGACAUGACAAUUUAUGAAGGGCCACUCCGCGGGUAUUAAAACUCUCAUAAUUAGAAACUUUUUAAAGCCGAAUUAUACCCUUCCUCAGAGUGCAAAAUUGUGAGAAAACGUAUGUUUUACCGAACGAGCAAAAGAAUGAACAUUUCGCGCAUGUUUUCCAUGAAAUAUAAUUGAAUCUCUAAGGGCAUAUAAAAUCAAUGAAAAAAAUUCACGCUACUUAAGUAGUCCUUUUCACGGUGUAUGGCUUUUGGAUGCUGCCGAAAAGGAGUUUAGUCGAAAGCCGACGUCGUGGGGUAACUGAAUUACUAUAGAAAUAUGCUGCAAGAGGAUUGGUUUUGCAACCCUAUUUAGUUAAUCUUUUCGAAAUGGAAACGCAUUUCGUAAUUUCUGUUGAGAUUUCAUGAGUUAGCCCACCUACUGUACGUGUGCAGUGGUGGGGCUGUGGACGAAUCAAUGUGGGAAGGGUUAUGGUAAGAGAGUAACGAAUAAUGUUGCUCUCUAAUCAGUAAUAAACGACGCGCGUUUAAAGGUAUAACUAAACUAUGAUUUUUAAACAGUGCUGAGGAGGAUUAAGCGAAGUUAACGCCCUCAUGUCUGGAUGCCGUGGCGUUAUGUUUGCUAAUGAGCUCCUCGUUCAUGCCGAUUUUCCUCCCAACGAAGAACAUUUAGCUUCUGGACAGAUGCCUUUUGUAAGCCCAAGGAGUCAUGUAAAGUCGAAGGGCUAUUGCCUUCACAGCCAUUCGUCUCACUUAGCAGGUUAGACCCGGUUAGCUGGCAUGCGGUUCGCAACGACGAAGUACUCACUGAUGCCACUGUCCUUUUAGUGGCGCGUGAAAAUCCUCGGUGUCUCGCUUUGUAUUCACAUAACCCAUUUGCACUAGCCAAUACGUCCUGCCUUUCCCAGUCCGCCAAGAUAGCCUUGCGCUUUCAAUUUCCUUUCCGCAAUACUUUCCACAAUAUUAUCCAAAACAUACAGUACGGUAGGUGUGCUAACUCAUGAAGUGUGGACCGGAAUUCUGAAAUGCGUUUACGUAUACAAAAGAUUACAAAAGUAGGGUUUUUAAAGUAAUAGUCAUGCAGUAUGAUUCUAUAAUAAUUCGGAACUCCGGGAUGCCUACUUUCGAACGAACUCCUUUUCGGCCGCAUGCAAAAAUGGCACUCUGUAAAGAUGACUGGCUUCCUUACUUUUUUUCAUUGACUUCCGAUGCCCUUAAAUAUUUAAUUAUACUUCAUAGAAGACACGUAUAAACAUAUUCACUCGUUUGCUAAUUCGGCAGAAAAUUACGUCUUUUUUCAAACCUAAUGCUUAAAGGAAGGGUGUAAAUCGAUUUUUUAAAAAGUUUUUACUUGUGCGAUUUUUUUAUUACCGUGAAAUAGCCAUUCACAAAGCAUCACGCCUCUGAAGUUCCCGAUGUAGCUUGUAAAGUUAACAAUAUAGCUCAAAUUAAAUGCUAAAUUUUAUGAACCCCAUACGGUCUCCUGUCAACAUCGUAGUGAAGUAUAUGGUUUUCUGUACGCGGAAAAUAUACGGACUGUUGUCUGGAAAUCCUGAAUUCAAAUGUCAUGACAGUUUGAGUUCAAAAUUAUUCUCAAAUUGACAAAGUUGUAAAGGUAUUUUGGCAGAUUUUGAAUAAUUCAUAUUGACCCAACUGUGAAAAUCUCGGCGCCUCGGUGGGAUUCGAACCCACGCAGUAAGGCGAUGGCUUUAGUACAGCCAACGCUCUAACCACUUGAUCUACGAGGCCUCGCCGGACAACUCGAGUUUUUCACAGUUGGGUCAAUAUGAAUUAUUCAAAAUCUGCCAAAAUACCUAUGAAUUACGUGAGCCUGGUAGUCAUCUGGUGGAUUCUUGGUGAAUUGCUUAGGGAAUCCUGCUUGGGCAGUCAACUUACUGUAUCAGAUUUGGUGGAUUCCAGACGUUGCAGUAGGUUGGGCGGGUAACUUGACCCAAGUGUGAUAAAUCUCGCGUCGUCUGGCGUGGCCUCGUAGCUCAAGUGGUUAGAGCGUUGGCUAUACUAAAGCCUUCCCCCUUACUGCGUGGGUUCGAAUCCCACCGAGGCGCCGAGUUUUUCACAGUUGAGUCAAUAUGAAAGUUUUAAAGACUGCAUUAUACACUUCCUUUAAGUAUAAGGUUUGAAGAACACAUCAUUUUCCGCCGAAUGGGCAAAAGAAGGAAGUUUUCAUGCAUGUUUUCCAUGAAAUAUGAUUGAAUUUUUAAGGGCACCAGAAAUCAACGGAAAAAAUUCAUGCUACCCAGAAGGUGGUUUUUUGCAUGCAGCCGUCAACAAGUUCAUUCGAAAGUCGACAUCUUCAGGUUACUGACCUGUCAAAGAAUUAUCCUGCAUGAGGAUUGAUUUUCAAAACGAAAAAUCACUUCGGAAUUUCGGUUAAAAUUUCAUGAAUGAGCCCCCCCCCCUACUGUAUGUGCUAGGCCUAUACAGAUUCGUGCGGUCUGAGCAUGAGUGUCUACGUGCGUCUUCUCCUUCGCAGGGUGCGAGCCUCGAUUCAACUCUGCCCCGCGUCUCCUACAUCAAAGCCAUUGAUGUCUGGCUGAUCGCCUGCCUCCUCUUUGUAAUCGCCGCCAUGCUGGAGUUUACCCUGGCAAGCUAUUGGUCCCGUCGCGUAUCGCAGCGCCGGUGGCGUUCGGAGGUGCGGGAGUCGGUGCGUUCUCUUCUGGCGCGAGUCAUCUGUCCCUGCCAGUCGCCCAGUCCGAACCAAGUCCUCCUCAGAUGCGGCUGCUGUGGCGUGCCGAUGAGCCCGCACGAGGUGGUGGCGUCGCAGCAGCAGUCUGCACAACACCGUCCGCAGUACGCUGAGUGCUACUGUUACGCAAGGUGCCAGUGCUCGGCGGUGGAGACCGCCUGCCGAUCAGUGAAGUUUGAUAUUCCCAAGAAUCGACCCUGUCCUGCUCAAAAACGUAGCUAUGUGAGUGCCUCUUACAAUUUGGGUCUUUGGUUCAUAAAUGUAAUUUAACCGUUCAUGCCUUUUUGGCGGAUGGGAGUUUUCUCUAUCUGGGAAGAAUGGGUGAUGGAGAUGGGAUACGGUGGGAAAUUCAGCAGUUUCAGAGCGGGCUUCUGACUGUUUGUCGCGCAUGGGCCUGGUUGGACACCCGCAAAUCCACCGCGCUAAGACUAGAGUAUUAGUUCCUGCACACCUUGCCCCUAAACCAGUUUGUUCUUUUUAAUCAAGGGUGACAUUAGCUACAACACAAGCUGAUGCCGCCCUUUGAUUUCGCAAAUUAGUAAAGCACAAUUUGGGCCGUGGUGAAUAACUAGGGCCUCAGAUGACUUCACUUAAUGUACUUCAUGUUUCAAAGUGUCAAAAAUGCUUCCCACGGGAGAAGAACUGCCAGUCACAAGUGAAGAGCCCCGCGAUUUUCGUUAAAUAGUUCGGAAAAAAUAAGUUUAUUGGAAAAGAUAAACAAAUUCAAAUGUAAGUUUUCUACUUUGGUUCCCCAAGUCGUUCUCUGACCUGAAGUGUGCAAAACAGUUAAAAUUUAAGCACUGCAGAAAAUUGAUUUUGUCCUGUUACUUCUGCUGGCUGAAUGUUCUGAUUGGCCAAUGCCUUUUGGACUUCUCCUUCAGGUUGAUUGAUACAUGAGUUAUCAGAAUGGAUGGCAUGUAAAAAUUCGCGGCCUUUCUUAGAUGAGCAGUCAUCUACAAUGCGUGCCUUGUCCCAGGCGAGUUCGUGACCAGAUUCUAGCGUAUGCAUGACAACUUGGGACAGGUGAUCUCGCCUUUUUACGCCAGUUGAUAUUCGGGUAUUCGUAUAGAGGUCGAUUUCCCAGUUUGACCACAGUAAACCGUAGUACAGGUGUUGCAUGGCACCUUAUAGGCGACUUCCUUCUUACCUAAGUAGCCAAUCCUAUCCUUAACUCCAGUCGUCCCAUACAUCGAUCUACAAAAUAUCUAGUAUACCCAAUCUGAUGAAACAGUUUGAACAAAUAAUUCAGUUCUAUAUGAUAGGUUUCGUUGUCAGAGCAGUGAGUUCAUGCUCGGUUAACUUACUGAUUAAUCACGGUGUUUUAUGCAAAAUGCUUCGUUGUGCAAGCUGAAAAACUAUGGCAAACUGUGCGUACAUUAUUUGCAAGUCAGAGCAGAGCUGCAUCGUGGAAUGCACCGCUACGUAGUCUGUGCAAAGAAUUCAUGGGUUUAGUUGACCUUCAGGGCUGAUGAUUAUGACGACUGUAGUGGUGAUUGGCAGGCACAACAAAUUCUUCAUGUUCGAUUGGAAAGGAGGGGAAUGCGUAAGUAGUGGUCGUAUCCUUCGCUCACGCAAAGGCAGUAAUUAAGGACACUACGCAAUCCUACGAAAAUGUCGGAAAACAACAGGGUACUUUGUACUGAGUUAAAAUCCCCGAGGAGUGGAUGAAAUACGCUUAAAAAACGUGAAACACUGCUCACUGUGCUAGACAUAUUCGCGCAAUUUGGGCAAAACGACGUUGAUUACUACACAAUCAUCCAGACUUUAGUUGCAAUCUCGCAAAGAUGCAUGUUUUGUUGUAAAAUUGACAAAAAAGGAGUGCUUUUAAUCCUAAAUUUAAAGAAGACAUUGGCGGGCCAUAUGGCGUUGAGAGGACUUCAGUUUAGAACCCCAGGUGCAUAACAAUAAUAAUAUAAAGAUGGGGGGCAUCUUGCUAGACAAAUGACUAGAAAGGAACAGCUGUGCGGCUGUUAAUUAGUCCGAAAGGGAGCUCCAGGGCACAAUGGAACGAGUGAGCUCCGUAAUAGGAUCGGUUAACGCCCCUCCACCAUAAGUAUUAUUGUACUCUUACGAAAAUUAACUGUCUCCGCUCAUGAAAACCGAAAGACGAUCGUGCAUGGCUGGCGGCCAUGUGCAAGGUGAAUUCAUACCUUAUGUACCAACAUCACCGACAUUGUCAGGGAGUGGCCCUUUCAUAUGCGUCUCACAAACACGUGCUGUACACAAAAACAUAGUAUACUGAGACUUUUAUUUCAACUGCCGAAAAAUGCCGGUUAAUUGUCACUCUUUUGAAGGCAGACUACCAAAGCACAGUCCUCUUGCAACUCAACAAUCAGAAGUCCUACAAAGUCAGCGAUGCUUUAAGUCUCAAGUAGCUACUGGCAAAGGUCAACAUACUUCUGGCUCGACUAAUGGAGGACAAGGCGACCAGCGUUAAAGACUGGUAUAUUGUAGAACCGACAGAAACAACUAUGGCGAAAUAAUACCUUCUCCCAAAGGUGCACAAGCCAGAAGUUCCCCUCCGAGCAGUCGUCUGACGCCGAAGCACACACGAUCGAACCGAAUGAGGGGAUGAUGAAAUUUGACGUCAUCUCACUAUUCACGUCCAUACCGCAGGCUUUUGCAGUCGAGAUGCUCAAUGAGCCGCUGCGUCAAAAAUACAAAGAGGGCAGUGUCCAGUCCACAGCUCAUGACACAAGAAGGGUGGUCACGAUUGAACGAAAUGAUAGAUUGGUGCCAUUUGAUGUCUUUUCAGUCUUCGCAUCCAUACUACAGGUUAUCGCGGUCGAAAUGCGCAGUGACCUGCUGCUUCAAAAAUACAAUGAGGGCAGUGGCCAGUCCACAGCUCAGGAUUUAAUGGGACUCAUAGGGCACUGUCUCAAGACAUCCUCUGCCUUCGAAGGGAGCACAUAUGAGCAAAUUAAGCGCUCUCCGAUGGGCUCUCCGAGCUCAUUGUUGAGGCGGUUCAGCAAAGACUAGAGAGACGACUGCUCGAGGAGAACAAACCUCAGUUUGGGCGCCCUACGUGGAGAACACCUUCGUAGUUUUCCGUCUGGGUAACGACUGACAAAGUACGAGAAACAACUGAACUCAACCAUUACCGACCUGCAGCUCACGACAGAAGAGGAAGUGAAGGACGAGCGUCUAUUCUUAGAUUUUCUUGUCUGCCUCCAAACGCACGGUAGACUGACGAUGUCAAUCUACUGAAAACCGACGAACACGCUGCAAGGGUUCAGUUACGACAGCAACCACCCACUGCAGCAUCAACGAAGCUGUACACGCACGCUAGACCGUAGGGUGGAAGCUCAUUGCAUCACGCCAGCUGCCAAACUGGACGAGAUGAAGCUCCUCCAAGACCUCUUCAGGGCCAAAGGACUCUGCGGGCAGUCAUUGAAUGGAGCCGUAGGCAACAUAGGAAGCGGAAUGAAGGGCAUGGUCAGCCAGAAUCGUAACGGGGCAUUCCGUGCAUGAAAGGGUUCACCGUCGCUGUGGCUAAAUCCAUCGCGCCGCUCACAAUAGGCCUUGCCCACAGGCCUGACUCAAAAAUCCGCUAGGAAAGUGAUGCGGCCAAAAGACCGAGCCCUAAGCAGGAGAUGUCAGCUGUUAUCUACCGACUUCCCUGCAGCUGCCGCACGUGUCACUACGUCGGCAAAACAGUCCGACGGCUGCAAACGCGAAUGUGCGCAGAUAAGUUGGCCGAGCGAAGGUUGGACGCAAAGUCGGAGGUAGCGCCCCAUGCCGCGCAAGUGGGGCACAUCUUCAACUAUGAGGCGGUUGAGAUUGUGGGCUGGGGCGAUGAUCAUAGAGCAAUGCGGAUGCAAGAAGUCCGGAUGUCCACCGACUGCUCUGUCAACCGCCACAUCAAUUUGCCUCUCCCCUAUCUGACUUCACCAACCUUCUUAACGGGGAACAGUUACGGCGCGGGACAGUCGGGGCCAUCAACUACCCGCCUCCCCCCCCCGGUGGACGAGGGCGGGGGCGAUUCAGGUCACGGUGACAUAAGGGACGGAUGCAACCAUACAGGCGGCAUUAGCGGGCCCCCCAUCGAACAAAGUGGCCAUACAAUGAGAACCGUGCGCAGGCCUUCCCGGUCUCUGAAAAUGCGUAGACGAAGCAGCUACUCGAAAAGUCAGACCUCCAAUAGACCUCGCCGGUGAACGCCUCUCUUCUUUUGACAAAGUAGGCAUGAACACGCCUUCAUAACGGUAUUCAAGUUUGCAGAGGAAGGGUGUGACUUAGUAUCGGAUAAGCAGCGUGAGUGUACUCCAAGCGCUACAAUCACUCGGUCAAAUCCCGAUUUGUAUGGAGACAGAACUCGCUCGAUUGGGGAAUUUACUGUGCACAGAAACCUCCCUGGCGCCAUUUGCCGCUGGCAAAGCCAGGGCUGGUACUGACUACGCCUAGUCAUGCCUGAGGGUCUGUGAGACAUUCUCAAGUGGUGUCGAACUAGCAUGUGUUGCAUUUGUCCAUGGAUGGCAGUCAAUUGUCGUAUGUUGCUGGUUGCAGGGAGGUGGUGUGUUUAAGUGGCGCAUGCGCGUCCGAUUUGAAGUCGGUACAGUGGCUUCGGUCAAAUGGCGUCCCGAACAGCUCGCUGGGAAGGCGAAUGACCUUGACGCAGCAAGGCCCUUAACAAGGACGCCAGACAUGACCAUGAUGGCUGUCGGCACCAUAAGUUCUUCCACAAGAACGCAUCAGCGGAACUAGGCGCAAAAACAGAUACUGGUGUUGGCAGAGAGAAUAAACACAUUUCUUAAUAAUGAAAUGUUAUGCAAGAAGCAUCGUAAACAAAUACAGUCGAUAUAUUUUGACCUUGUUUUCAACUAUACACCGGAAGCGCUCGGGCUAUUUGCAGACCGCCUCAGAAGAAACCCCCCGUUUUUUCUUUGUGCCCGUUGUUUACUUACAGCUAGAGCGCGACACCGUCAAAGACUUGUGCGGCCAGACUUCGCAAAAAUGGCGAAAAGAUUAUAGGCUUUCAAUCUCCCUUAUACUGCAAUUUAAUAUUUGAUGUUCUAGGGAAGUGUACGUAAACAGGUCAGUUGAUUCUGCAUUGAAAGCGCAUUACUUGACGAGGAUGCCCUAGCUAUGAGCAACCAUGAUUUUAAUUCCAUUCAGUGCAAUGAAGAAAACGCGUGAGCUUCAUUCAAGGGCGUUUCCGAUUUGAGUGCUUGCAUGGAGUUCAAGAUAAUUUAAUUGGGCAGUUUGAAUCCAUCAUUCGAUAACAGUAUCCUUGGCAUGUCUUUAUGCAACCAGACACAAUUCCUUUAUCCGGCAAUGGCGGGGUUUAUGGCCGAGGUUACUUGACCAGAGGAAACGACGUCAGUGUACGUGAAUGUAUCGUUUUCUCCAUCAUCCUUAUGGCAAUUCUCAGCUCCCAUUAUUUGAUAAGGAAGAGCACGGCCGCGUUGAAUGGUACAAGUUGGAGACGAUGGCGUAAUGCAGUAGAAGCUCACUUCAUGUGUGGAGCUUUCCAGGGUUAGGUUUGGUCCUGUAGCUCCACCUGAGUUAUACCCCAUGAUGGGCUAAGAAAAAUUAUUAGUUGUGAGGACGCUGACUUUACAACUAUCAGGAAUUUGCAUUUUUCCCAUAAAUGUAAUCCAGAGAGAGACUAUGUCACGGGGGAUGGGGCACUUAUACUCCAGCGCCUGGUUAUCACUUGGUUCGCGCAUCCCUGCACUUGUUUAAAACCCUGUUUACGGCCUCAUUAUUAUCCUAAUCCAGCGAAUGGCCAGAUAGACUUGCUAAUGCACUUGUUUAGACGGUGUUGAACUCCGUCGGUUGCACUACAAUGACCGUGCACUGCGAAUUACCAAGUGCUUCCCGACCGUGACCUUCUAGUUUUGAUAACACCCUCCUCAAUCUACUAAUCCAGCGAGUGGCUACGUCGGGGGGGGGGGAAGUACAGUGCGUGACCGAUCUCAUUAAAUGGCCGAAAUUCUGAACUGCGUUUUUGACUAGGGAAGGAUUAACAAGGUGGUAUUGUAAUACUAAUCCUUAUGUAGCAUAAUUCUAUAGAGCUUCGGACUCGACAGGAUGUCGGCUUUUGAAGGCGCUUCAUUUUGUCCUCGCACAGUUGUCGUCCUGGGUAAAAAUGACUACUUAAUUAGCAUGCGUUUUUUUACGUUGAUUUUCGAUGGACCCGUAAAUCCGAAUGUAUUUUAUUGAGAAAAUGAAUAAAAAACUUGGUUUCGUUCAUUUGUUCGACAGAUAGUCAUGUCACCUAUAUAUUUUACAGUCGAAAAAGGAGAAUAGUUCAGGUUUUAAAAAAGCUUUUAAUCAUGAGAUUUUUAAGAUCAUUCAAAUUCUAUACACUCAGCAUCGUACCUGUCCGUUUACCGCUGCUCCUCAUGGUCCUACAGACCCACCUGAGUUAUACCACAUGGUAGGCUUUCUAAGAAGAAGUAUUAGUUGCAAGUAGGCUACUACAUUGCAAUUUCCCUACAUUUGCGAUCCAGAGAGUGACUGUGUCACAUGGGGAGGAGUACUCAUAGUCCAGCCUCGGUUAUCACUUCGGUCGUUCAUCCCUGCAUUUGCUUUGAGCCCUGCUUGUGUUCUCUUUAUUAUCCUAACCUAGCUAUUGGCCAGAUAGACUUGCUAACGCAAUUGUUCGGACAAUGUUGGAAUCAAUCGAUUCCACUACAGUGGCCAUGCACUGCGAAUUACCAUGCGGUUCCCCCCGUGGCCUUCUAGCUGUGACAGCACCCUUCUUAUCCUACUAAUCCAGCGAGUGGCUACGUCGGGGGGAGUAUGUGCACACGCCAUCUUCACUCACCUCCCUGCGCGUGUUCCGAGCUCUGUUUCUGCUCUCAUUCCCCUCCUAAUCCAUCGAGUGCCUAAGUUAGGUUCACCAAUAGAAGCAAAGAGACGAGUCCGAGGAGCCGUCUUGAAGAAGGAGACACGAUGGCUGAGACAAGAGCUUCAAUCGCCUGACGUUUCGGAUUCCUGCUCGAACCCAUCAUCAGCGGCAAAAAGCAGAUACGAGUGGUUCAUGCACAAGGGGCUGCAAUAUUUAUAGGAUAUAGUCGCCACGCCACCGCAUACCUAUGAAUGUUCACGGCUCCCUCCCCUUCAUCAGGGAUCGUUGAACGUGAUGUGAUGGCCAACAUUCGCGUCGUUAAUUGCUGCAAUUUCAUAAGGACGCUUUGUUGGCGUCGGAGAAACCGGAAGACAGCUCCGAACGCGAAUGGCUGAACACGUUGCAGCGGUGCGGAGAAAUGACGCCAGCACCCAAGUUGCGGCUCAUUCGACAAGAUCCGGCCACACAUUCGCAUACGACGAGGUUGAAAAUGGUAGGGGACGCUCACCGAUCGUUCUUACAGAACUUACUCGUUUCGUUGUGCAAUACGGGCUCUCUCGAGUCCAACCAGCAGCCGCACAGCGACGCAUGCUACAUAGGCAGAAUGGUAUUACCAGUCUCCCUUGUCUUUGUCGGUAAUAGCAUUAUGAGGUUGAAAUUUUCGCAAGAGGUGACAACCGCGUGAGCCGGGAGCUGCUUAAGUCAUCAUUUACUGGCCUCCAGCCCCUUAACAAGAGUAAUGCUCUUCACAUUCAAUACUCGUGUUGGGACGUCGCCUAGGCGGAGUAAUUGGCCACACGGGGAGCGCACAAGUGAACACUUCUCCCAACACCGCGUCAGAUGGUCGAGCCAUCAUCAUACGAACAUCCAAAGCAGGUGAAGAAAUUGCAGCAAUUAACGACGCGAACGUCGGCCAUCACAUCACGUGCAACAAUCCCUGAUGAAGGAGGGCAGUCGUGAACAUUCAGUAGGUGUGCGGUAGCAUGGCGACUGCAUCCUAUAAAUACUGCAGCCCCUUAUGCAUGAACGACCCGUAUGUGCUUUUUCCUGAUGGGUUCGAGCAGGAAUCCGAAACGUCGGGCUAAUAAAGCUCUUGUCCCAGCCAUCGCGUCCCCUUCCUUAAGUUAGAUAUGUUAACUAAUAUUGUUUUUACCAGCAAACUAUAUGCUAUCACUCAGGUGAGGCUUCAGAACCAAAAUUCACCGCUUUCUGACUUGCAUUUGAACAGUAAUUCAGUCGAGCUAUCUAUGGGCCGGCAGCUAUUAAGCUAUGGAUUGACUCCUGCAAAAUCGAUCGCAGCAGAAAUCGCUGAUCUUUUUUAGCAUCCUGAGUCUGUGUUUACAAAAGAACGCUUGGACCUCGCAGUCGGUCAUAAUGCGCUUUCAUUGCCGAGUUGCAUUAUUAUGCAGCGACAUCACCUCCUUCUGCAUGCCUUUCCUAAACUAAUAAUCAAAUUAGGAGUAGCUGUUUCGCAUUUUCGGUUUAUCCUCAGAUUCAGAUGACUGACCUGUGUGUGCUAUCAAACAACUGAAAAACGCUUCCUUCCUCUCUGCUUUUUUGAAUGUGCUCUCGCCGGUGAUGCAACCAUCAACCUCAAAAAUAGAUGACGAGCUUUUUGGAUACCCCAAAAUAUUUAUGCGGUAUGCCCAUCCUACAGUGGAUGGCAAAUCCAAUAAAUAUCCGGUGAUGAAAUCUAACUGCACAUUUGCUAUGAUUAAUGCCUACACAGUCGCCGUUUUUGUUCCUUCGAGUGCACUUGGCACCGAAGAGUAGAAAACCCAAAAGUGCUUUCAAAUAAAAAAUAGUUAUUUAAAUCGCACAUCGACACUGCCCAAAGUGAAGCAGGGUAAUAAAUAAAUUACUAUGCAAUGAGAUGCUGGAUUUUUCCCUGAACGGUUCUUCUCCUUCCUGUUUAACCAGUGCUUGUGAACUUUUCACCGCUAAAGUAGUGUACAUUUAUUUUAUUGAUUUUCGGAGUAUUUUUCAUAAAAACAGGUACAUUACUCAUGCUCAAGUUAUAGAGUACCUGAUGUCUAAGUAGCACUUGACGAAAGAGAAUAUCUGGUUCUAGCAGUCAUUUUUAAGAAAUCGUUUUAGACCUCUUAACCAUAGCUAUAUUAGUGCCGCAGUAGCAGUCGCGUGGCAACGUAGGAAUAGAAUGUAAUAUUUUUUACCAUAAAACACACAAAGAUGUGAACGUCCGUUUUUGGCCUAUGUUUCCUCGUCAAGUAGCUGGCACACCGUAUACUAUGUCAUUAGCUGGGGUUAUUUAAAGUUCUGUGUGGAAUGCGUAGUCUCCCGUUAGAUUGAUAUCCGUUGUUUGCUUAGUGAUUUCGUAGUGCCGAUAGUGACGAUUAAAUAAGCUGGGUGGGGUUUUUUGAAAUCUCAAUUUGGCAAACACGUGUUUUCCGUAACUCGUCAUCAGGCCAAAACAGUUACAUAGACGAUGAAAUUAUCGGGGCCAACGCCGACGCCAGAUGAUGCUUGCAUUUCGCCCCAACCUCCUGAUGGCAGUGAUAUGUGCACAACGUACCCGACGUACAAACAUUACUCACAGCCACUCCACUUAAUACUGUCACUAGGCCUACCCUUAGCGUCAUCCCAUAACGCUGCAGUCAGAGAGCGUGGAAAUGAAAUUUGCGAUGCAUCAUCACCAAAUAGUUUAUUAUAAACCCCGUUACUGGUGUCCCCGAUUUCUGAGUCCGCAUGCUUUGUGUUUAUGCCAAAGUCCAAUCAUUUCUGCUCUAACUAGCUCAGAAUUUCACUGCUAUCAUCCAGAAAAUCCAGAGUCGGGCAGAUUUUAUUAGACAUCUUCAUUUUCCACUUACCUCAAUAUCCAAGCACACAUUUCACGUCAAGAAACAACAACCUUGCAAAAUGAAAGGCUUUCUUCAGUUCCUCUGUCCAUCGCUCUGGCCUCAACAUGCGAAUCGGAAAACAAUGGUCCGUUUUCAUGAUUUUCCACCCGACACCAACUUGUGUCUGGAGUGAUUUUCACUUACUGUAAACAGGGAUUUGUGGAUGCUCACCUCAAAGUCCCUAUCUCCUUAUGUGUUAUAUACGUGUGUGUUGAGCCCUCAUCACCUGAACGUAUGGUGCUAAUUCUUGCAUUCUUUUACACAAUUAUCCUGAGAUCCUCGUCUGCCUAGUUGAUACUGAGGGAAAUAUCGACAAGAUCAAGUGAAAAAUGAUAAAGGUGAGAGGGAGCCGUAUGUAAUGGUAGUGGGGACGAUCAUCGAUCGUUUUUACGGAACUCACUCUUCCCGUUUUGCCUUUGGGGUCUCUCUGUCGUGUUCAACCAGCAGCCGCAAACCGGCGCACGAUACGGAUUACGGGAUCGAGCACCAGGUGUUCCACACUUUGAGGUUGGGUAUGACUGGCGGACGACGGCUAAUGAGCUAGAAAUAUCUAUUCCGGUCUCCCUUGUCUUUGUCGUUAACGCUAUUCACCAACGUAUGAGUCAUAUGCUAUUAAAGGUACGAUAUUCGGGCAACAAAACCGAAGGCGUUAACUUAAAUGGGGCUGAUUUUUCCUCAGAUUUUCUGGCACGUAGAGAGUUGCAAAUGCAGUUUGGUUCGUCAGGCUUUCAGCACGGGUGCUAGAUAAAAACCCGUGUUGCAAAUAUGAGGAAUUUUCUACCAGGCACAUAUUACCGACUUAAUGUGGAAAGAAUGUGAUUAGUAUUAGGGCGUUUAGCUGAUUUGAGAGUGGACAUGCAUACUGGCUUUAAAACGGAAAAAACAGUGUCAGAUAAUUUACUCUAUGCUCGCACAUUAUUUUUGUUAUGACGCGGAGGACAGGCAGGUCACGGACACGAGGGGUUACAACUCGUCAGAUAGAUGCGCUGCUUAUAUUGGCUCCUGUGCGUUCUGGGACAUUCCAUCCAAUGACGUGCCAGUCGUUCUAGAAUGUUCCUGCCCUGGGCGUGCUGGUCGCUGAUUGGCCACCGUGUGCGCGAUAGCCCCUCCCCCGCGGAAAGCGUCUGGAAUGUUCGACCAGCCAUUGAUUGGGCAGCGCACGUGAGCACAGCCACUACACGUGCUCUGCGCUGCAUUGCACGCCGGUCGACCGUCUAACUUCACACGUGUCUCACGCCGGCGGACGUGGCUCUACGCCGCUUGCACCCUCCAUAACAAUUUUCAGUACGAAUUAGAAAGGCGUAACGAAGGGACUGCUUACAUUCGGUGGCUAACUAAUGUGACACUCAGCUCGUUCAUAAGGUCCCUGAUAUGCAUCAUUUUCUGGAAAACCUAUAUGGCCUAAAUUUGCAGUCAUUUAUAUUUAUUCACUCAGCCUACUUCAACUGCAAUUAACACUCAACUAUCGGCUUGUUUGCCUGCCUUUCGGUCUAGAUCCGAAUUCAUCAAUAUAAACCCAGAAGUACAGGUGGGGAUUCUAUGGAGUCGAACAGUUUACAGUAAUUUACCAUUUUUCUGAGCAAAAACGGUAGGUUUGUUCAAUUAAGCCAAAAGGCAAAGUCCAAAAUGGUUAUUGCAACUUAAUUCAUAUAGACCGCUUUUAUCCUAUUCGCUGCAGUACUUUUAGCGCAGUUGGGGUCGGCUUUGUCGAUACAUCGUGCGUCAGAAUUUGCGCAGUGAGUUCUUUCGUAGACCGACACGUAGACGAUGCAAAUUAAUUAAGUGCCUCCCCAUUGACAAGCGACGGUGGACUUGCGUAGUUAUCGAGUUGUCCACGUUUCCGUAUAUAGAUGAGCACUGACAGCCAAUUAUCCUUAUUACCGGACUUUCGGGCACCUAUGUCAGUUUAACCUUUCCAAUCGUCAUGAUGGGAACAGCGGAAGUAUAAGCAACCAAGCCCACUGUUUGGCAGUGACUUGACUUACUUUGGACGCUAACUUUCAACUUAUCGGGCAGGACGGAAUGCAUUUCUCGCCUUUCAUAAACAGGAAAAUGUAAAUGAGCACUGAAUUGCCCUACAAACCACUCAUCUUCAUAGAGGAACAGGCAUUCAUCUGGAAAAGGUCUUUCGGAAGUUCUGGGACCUGGCAUUAGAGAAUGCAUCGGCUCGUCAAAAAGCUGGAUGCCUUCUCGAACGUCCCUAAUACUGCUACUGUCAUGCGGUCUUGCGAAUUUCGAUAAUGAAAUUGUCAACUUCCUCAAUUUCUACCACAAGGGUGAAAGUUGAAAUGUAGGAUCAGUUGUGCAAUGAUUUACCGUACUAACAACACAUGCCUUAGCUAACAGUCCAGACACAUGUGUUUCGCCGAUCUUAUGCCGCUGCCUGACGCAGCUGCGAGGGGUUCGGCUCGUCAAUGGGUCUUCCAGCUUUGCCCGUGUGUUUUCUGGUAUAUGAACUCCAGUUUCAACUUGCCUUGUUUAAUUUCCGAGGAAAUUAAUGCGCGAACUUGGAGAAACCAAUUGAAACAGACCGGGGACCCACUGACGAGCCGAACCCCUCGCAGCUGCGUCAGGCAGCGGCAUAAGAUCGGUGAAACACGCGUGUCUGGGCUUUUAGCCAAUACCUGUGUUGUUAGUACGGUAAAUCACUGCACAAUUCUAUACUACUGGCUGCCUGUUGGCGGUUUGUGAAUAUUAAGCGGUUAUUCCGCAGUAGCUGAUUGAUUUCAGCUCAAAUAUUCAUAUAAAACUUUGGACUGUGCCUGGAACGGUCUGUUUCGAAAUAGUUACUCCAAGUCCGCGCAUUAAUUUCCUCGGAAAUCAAACAAGGCAUAUAGGAUCAAUGCUGGGCGAUCGCAGCUCAUUCUUCGAGCGUGACUAAAAAUUCCCAAUCUGUGCGCUUUAGGCCAGGCAAUGCAAAGAGUAAAUUUCUCAGAUGGAUUAAUAUUUCGGAGUCUGUAGCGCCUCAAACGAAAUUAAGCCUUCUGCCUCGGGCGCACAGGGGUCAUGUGAUCACGACCUCCGAGCGUCAGAACGUGAGCGCGUUCAGGCCCACAAACGCCACUACCAACCAAUCAGCUGAUCGGGCUGACACUGACUGACUCUCACCUGACGUAUAUUCACUCACGCCCGCACGCUCACACGGACGUUCGCGAACCCACAGCUGGCCCCGCGGCCAGGUACCUGACACCCAACAGGUAACAUUACUUUUCUGUUCUUUAUCUCUGUAUUCAGGAGAAGCGCCUGGCUCAGAACUUCUGCAGCGGCGACUGCUCAACAGUCUCCUGGACACAUGAGGAGCCCAAAUCCCACGAAACACAGACACGUCGACGUCGUCAAGGCGACAACAAGAAGCACCGUCACAAAAGUGCUCGGUACAACUCCUCUUCCUCCUCUGUAGCUGUCUCCCCCUUGGACUGUCCAAACCGCCUCCCCGCCUCUCCAAAACGGCGUCACAUGGAAUGCAGUGACGACCACCUACCGUCCCCACCACCGGCACGUCGAUUGGCCAAUUCAGGGGGAGCCGACGAGACUGGGACCGUUCUCUUUCACAUGUCUUCCCUCAAAAAGGGUGCGACCGGCAGGAAAAAGCACUCCGUGAAGUUCAGCAAGGACAAUCACCAGCAGGAAAGCCAGAAGCAGUUAGAGCAACAACAGCCCCUUCUUGGACGUUCUAGCGACGCCUACGACAACACCAUCGAUUUCACCAAUCGUCACAAACCGCCAGUGCCACCGUGCCAGCGGGAGACAGCUACGCGAGAACGUCUGGCCAGUCUGGAGGUCAGCCUGGAAGACCGGCCGGUGGACAUUGAGUCGGAGAUUGAUGCCUACAGUCGAUUCCUCUUCCCCUGUUGUUUUGUCCUUUAUAAUUGUUGCUACUGGCUUUUUUACCUAAUAAUUUCAGAUCCUGGUUUCAUAAACUCCUAG